AUGUCUGAGUCACGGGUGAAACGUAAGUACGGCAGGACCAUGGAAGGCAGGACUGGUGUGUCUCUCUGUGUGUGUAUUUGUGUGUAAGUAAAAGGCUCUGGCUGGAAGGAGGGGUUGAGGGCAAUUUUUCCAAAGCCAAUACCGCUUUUAGGUGCUUCAGAGGUUACUGAAGCCUUCAGCUUGCAGCCAUUGGUCUUGGUCUUAGUGGAAUUGCAUGGGGCAGUCAUCUGCCUUCCCCACAAACUCCAGUUUAAGGUUUUCUUGCCUAACUAGACUUGGUCAGGGCAAAAGUAACUGCUUCCAGUUUUAGAUUCCUAGCCCCCCCCCAUGCAUUUACAACAGAGUCAGGUUUCUCUCGUGCCCCAAGUGGAAACUGUGAAUGGUUUCUGGUUGCACUUUGACUAGUGAUUCGCCAGCGCUGUUAACAGCCGGGAACAUCCCCAGUCCCCACCUGCUUGCUGGGCCCAGUGGUCUUGGAGUGUGGAUAAGGAGACCGUUUUCUGGUGGCUUCCUGGGGCUCCUGCUGAGCCAGAAGGAGAAGCCUGAGCCCAAUGCCAGGCUAAGGGCCAGGGCUCAGUGGCACAGCAUCAGCCUGGCAGAAAGGUGGCCCCAUGUUCAGUCUGAAAGACUGCAUUCCUUCCUACGAACCUGCCCAGAUUCCUGGGGGAGGGCCCUUCUCCCUCACAGGCCACUCUGGAUCAGGCCUUGGGAGACGGCCUUCUUUGUGGCUGCCCCCAGAGAACUAUGGAACUCCCUUCUGAGGGAAGCCAGGCUGGCUCCCUCCUUGCUGUCCUUCCCUCGGCAGGUGAAGACUUUUUAAAAAAAAUUCCCCCAGGCCUUCAGGAACUGAUUGUUUUUGAGGAAAGGACUGGUGCCGUGGUAUUUUUAUUGUUGUGUUUUUAAUUGAUCCUUUUAGCUUUUUUUAAUCUAUUAAUGUUUAAUCACAUUUUAAUGAUGGUCUUCUCUGUGAUUCUACCUUUUUCUGUUUUAUCUGUGUAAGCCACCUGGACUGGGGAGAAGGCAGCACAUCACUAUUAACCAUCCUCCUUGCACCCAUCGCCAAGUAGGGCAGGGGGAGAACGCUGCCCAAAACCUGCAGAGCCACUGCUGCCAGUCUGUGUGGACAAUAUGGAGCCAGAUGGGCCUCACUCUGUAUAAGGCAGCUUCCUAGGCAGCCAGAGCAACGGUUGAAGGAGGGAGGAGAAAGCAGGUUGUAGCUCUGUUUGCAGGAAGAAUCUGAUAUGCCAAGGUGACUCUCGCCUAUCAGUUUCCAGGCCAAGAGGCCUGGAAGUUUGAUAGGUGAGGAUCUCUAAAGGGGCAGUUCAGGUGGGUUUGGACUGAGUUUAUGUUGACCAGGGCUGCACCUCCUGACACAAACCACUUCUUCUGGCUGAAAUUUCUCCCUAACCCAUAGAUUGGAAAUUGCCUUGACCUGCUACAUAUUAUUCUUGGCUUCCUUCCUGCACCCGCAACUCUUCUGAGAUUGCAAAGGGAAGCUUUUUAAUGUAGCCUCACUGAAGUUAAUGGCUUCAAUAAGUCGGCUAAUUAACUUUGGGACUCCUGCAAGGAUGGCGUCUCAGGGGUGCGAGAUUCCUGACUUGCUUCCCCUUUAUACACACAGGCAAAUUUUACAGCUGCAUGAGAUUUCUCUUGCUUAUGCAUUGCAGAAUGCUGUCCAUCUGGGCAGAAUCCACCCCCCCCAAAAAAAGCAUUCUGCCCCUUUAGUACUUUUUAGCAGUAGAGGAGAGGGAUCCAGCAGCUGAGAGAGUGAAUAAAAUAUGAUAGAAAAUAAAUUGACCAGGCUAGCAGAACGAUUCGCGUUUCAUAAUGCAGUCUGGCCAGCCUGCCUGUGCACUUGUCUUCCCCGUUAAUGCAGAGCAAAUAUGCUUUGAGAUCGCUGUAGAGCCGGCAGCACGUCAGGGAACCCUUAUUCCGUAUGCAGAAGGCGUCGGCCUUUGCAUUUUCUACUUAGGAAUAGACUAGAACGUGGCAGAUUCAUGCAGAAGAGCUUUUGCUGCGCAGCAAUAUUCCUGUUGCGAAGCUGGUGGGAAAGCAGGAUUCGGCCUCCUGGUCAUUGUGGAAGGUGGCUGGAGGCUUGAAAGCAGCUGCCGAACGUGCCCGGGUUAGGCGGUCCCUCGGGGCACCACCUCUGGGUCAUCUUGAGAGUCAAAAUGCCCUUUGAAAGGGACCCGUGUCUCCCGCAGGGGGUGGAGGCAGACAGAUCAUUCUUGCCUGUGGAUUUGACUUUUGGUAGAAUGAUCAGACGGACGGAAGUACCACAUUUUUGCAUGUUUUUGCUGCAUUCUUUCUUAAGCCAAUUUAGGCCAAAGGUGGCCAAAAUUUGUGUGAGAAGAUGGAAGGUACCCUCAUGGUCACGGAAAGCCUUUUAAUGAAGUUUGGUUCCUGAGAUGCCACAUUCUGUGACAGACUUCCAGUGGCGUUCCAUGGCGGACCCCUCCGUGUCUGCCAUGGCUCAUGUGCUAAGUGGCCGUGGAUGUUUGCCACGUAGCUCCGAAAGGGGUUUGCUUUGUUCAGCCUUUCCUGCGCUGCAGCCAAGAUGUGCAGCCUCUGCAGAGCACACAAGAGGCUUCCUGCUCCUGGCUGAGCUUCUUAGCACCUCCAACCUUUAGCAAUGAUAAUCAUGCAGCUAAUUUCAUCUUCUGUGCAGCACACAAUCUCCCUCCGGGAGCAACGGGAGCCCCCUGGGUCAGACAAAAGGUCUCUCUAGGCCAGCCUUCUGGGUCUCGCAGUGGCCCGCUAGAUGCUUCCAAGGGGGCAGCCCACAAGUGCGGCCCCAUUCCACUUGCUUUGAUUCCUGUUCAGAGGCCUGCGACAGAGCCACAACAAGAUCACAACUCCCAUCAUCCCUGACUCUUGCUGUGGCUGCUGGGGUUGGAGCCCAGGGCUCCCCAGAGAGCCACCGAAGGUUCCCUGCCCCUGUGCUGUAAGGGCCAGUGGGCUUCAAGGGGCGCUUUGCCCCAUCGUCCCCAUGCAGGAUUUGGCCACGCUCUGCCAGUGCAGACACCAGCACCAUCUCAGCCCCUGUUUAGUCUGGAUUGUUUUAUUUGAUGUUUUAAUAUCUGGUAAACCGCUCUGAGAUCUUUUUUCUUUAAAAUCUGUACGGUAUAGAAAUGAGAAGAAAAUUACUGUAUUUUUCACUCUAUAACACGCACCCGACCAUAACAUGCACAUAGCUUUUAGAGGAGGAAAAUCCGUAGGCAUGCCACCCGUAGGCAUUCCCUCCAUAACACGCACAGACAUUUCCCCUUACUUUCUAGGAGGAAAAAAGUGAGUGUUAUGGUGCAAAAAAUACAGUAAUCAUCACCGUCCUCUCCAGUACCCGGUGCCUUUCAUCCUUCUCCCAGGGAGCAGGAAUGCUCCUCUUACCAGCAUCCCAUCGUGUUCCUCGUGUGCUGAUUAGGAGGCAGCGCAGAGAAUACUAAGCGGCUUGGCAGUCGCCUCACUGCCCAGGGACUGUCCUGGAGGGCUGCUGUCGUCAUGGUCCUCUUGUGAGGCCAAGGAGGCUUGUGGAGAGCUCUCUGCGCCCUCUUGAGUGCCACAGUGGCCCCCGGAGUGGUCUGUGCCUGGAGCCAAAGGGCUCCUUGACAUUGGCCGGGCCCUGGCAGGCUCUUCAAAGAGCAAAGGAGUCCAGCCGUGCAUGCUCUGGGCUUCCCUUCGCGUACUUUCUUUCGUGGACGCACAGGCAGCAGAAGAGCUGGGUGGGAGCUGGUGAGGCUGACGGUGAGAGGACCCCAAGGGCUGAUGAGAGGAGGUGGUGGCGAAUUCUGGGUGCUCAGAGUGCCUGGUGGAAGAAUGGAAUAUUUUCUAGGGCGCUCUUAAGUCUUUGUACAGAGCACCUAGCUAGGACGGUGGCGUCUCAAGCAGGGUGGGCCCAGGUGCGUAGCCGGGUCUCUGGGAAGAUGGAGUGAAGCCUCCAGGCCAAAGCCGUUCCCCUUUGCUCCUCGCCUCGUUCUGCAGCUUGGGGCUCCAAGACUCGGGCAGCUCGGCAGUUUGUCUGCUGCAGCCUGUCCUGCUCCCAGUUGACCUUGACCACUUUCUGUAUUCAUUAAAAAAACACACAAUUCUGGAUCUUUCCAUGGAGCCUCAAUGCAUUUAUUUUUUACUCCUAUGUCCUUCUUUUCUGUGGUAGGAUCAAACUUAAAGAGGCUUAACAAUAAAAAAGACACAUCAAUGAAGAUAAGUAUGGCCCCCGCAGUAUAAAGCAUAAACAGGAAAACAUUGCCCACAGCAAGAGAGGAGGGUGUCUUGCACACAUAAUAAUAAUAAUAAUAAUAAUAAUAAUAAUAAUAAUAAUUUUAUUAUUUAUACCCCGCCCAUCUGACUGGGUUUCCCCAGCCACUCUGGGCGGCUCCCAAUCGAAUGUUAAAAACAAUACAUGGUGUUAGGAGAUCUCUUGAAUCCAAAGAUGCCUUUUAGACCGCAAGGCCAGGCGAUAAAGGCAGAAACCUGUUUUCUUUCCAAUAACCCACAACUUUAACCCUUCUCCUCUCUCUUUAAUCAGCUGCAUCUCUCUCCAGCAGGAAUCUUCUGCCAGCAAGGCAGGAAUCCUAGGGGGCAGGUGUUGCCUUCCCAAACCUGAGAGCUGUGUGCCAGAGACGAGGGUCGGGUUUGGGGGUGCUGUGCUAACCAAGAGGCCACAUUUGCACAAAUCCAGGUGGAAGCCCAGGGUUGGGGAGCUCCGUCAGUGGGGCAGAGGCCUCUGGCUCCCUGAGAGGAAAGAAGGAAGGAAGGAAGGAGCCAAGAUGGUCGCUCCUGGCUCUGUCAACACAACAGCAGCACCAACAGGACUCCUUGAGGGGUGGGCACAGGCAGGGCCCAUGGAAUGAGCCUGGCAGAAGCACAUAGGAUAGGAUAUCUUUAUUUUAUUUUUUAAAAAACUUUUAUUAGGUAAUUCAACAAAACAUACUAUCUUAAAACAUGUCAUCCUUAAUUUCCCCCCUCAUUUCCCCCCCUCCCCCCCAUAAACAACCCGCUCCCCCCCCCCCCGGACUUCCCUCAGUUCCAAUCUCUGGUCUCUAUUAAUGCUAUUCUCUGCACGUUACAGAAUUGUAUAAGUCCUUAAUUUACCUAACUAAUUCUUAUCAAUAAAAAUUUUGUGAGUGUUUAUUCAAAGCCUGCCAAGGAGUCCAGUUCACUUUGUUGCGUCUUUAGGUACUAUGUAAAAGAUUCCCAUUCCUCUUUAAAGUCACAGUUAUCCUUGUCCCAUAGUGUAUGUGUCAAUUUUGCCAGUUCUGCAUAGUCCAUCAGUUUUUCUUGCCAUAAUUCUUUAGUCGGGGUUUCCUCAGUCUUCCGUCCUUGUGCUAUUAAGACUCUUGCCGCUGCUGUUGCAGACAUGAAGAUGUUUUUCACGAUACGAUAUCUUUAUUGUCAUUGUCCCAUACAGAACAAUGAAAUUGAAAAAUCUACAUAAAACAUUCAGAAACCCCUAAAACCUCUGAAACCCCAUUUUAAAAUACAAUAUACUCCAAUAGAGACUCCUUAUACUGUGUUUAAAACCAGAGGAGGGUGCCUGUCUCAACCCCUGGAUGGCUGCGAGGUGGUGGGAAAUGCUGUAAUGGAAAUGCUUGUGGACCUCCCUCUCCAGCCUUCGCUUCCUUCUGUCUCUUCUUCAGGGCUGGCCAUGACCCUGAUGGAUGCCACAACAGAUAAAGACCCUCUGGUCCACGAGCAAAUAUUUAGCGCUCUGUGCUACCUGGGAGGAGCCGAGCCGGAGGAGAUCUUGAACGCCUGCGAGGAGUACCUGCGGCAGCACGACAAGGUGAGGCAGGGCAGUCCUGGCUGCUUGGUUGGCUCUGGCCGAAUGGCACAGAAUCGUGAAGUUGGAUGGGGCCCCUGCGAUGCCUGUGGCGCAUGGAGAGAGCCUCUUGGCGCAUGGAAGCAGGAGAGGGAGGCUGACUGCGCUUUGGGCUGAGGGGGAGAGAGAGCAGGAGGGAUUGAGGUCAAAAUGAUCCCUGCUCAUUGCCAAAAGCUUCUCCUCCUUCCCCACCCAAUAUUGAAGACAUCUGGGUUUUUUAUUUUUAUUUUUGCUGCUGCUUUAAGUGCUAGAAAACUCACCUUUAGAAUCGGGAUUCUGGUGCCAGGGAACCUCUGUUGGUUAUUUGCAGAUUAGUUGCACUGUAGAAGGUGUGCUGGGGAGACCACACAUUCAAGAAACGCAAAAUAACAUUUGCUAGGUUUUAAUAACAAAAACUCCUUUUACACUAAAUUACAUUAUAUCAAUAAGUGUGACCCAUCUGUGCUGCUCCUUUUAUACUAUACCCAACAGCUUAAUUACCACAACUUAACAGCACCUGCUAUACUGCUUCACAGCUGUAAAACUAGGUCAUGUUGCUGUGGCCUUUAAAGAAAUACACAUCUUGCGAAACAAUAAUGAACCUUAAUAGUUAAAGAAACCAUUCAACAACCUCGUGGUGGAUUGUGCCCCAUAUUGGGGGGGGGGGGAAGGCACAAGUGACCCUGGAUUUUUGGCCUGGAGUGCAGGGCUGUUCCGGGCAGCCCCUGACCCCCGUCUCCUCCUACCCCCUUUCCAGCUGGCUUACCCGCAUCGCAUCAUCAUCCUGAGGGCCAUGGAGGCGGUGGUGAGGAGCAACCUGGCUCAGCUGGACAAGAGCACAGCCAAGAUCGUCAUCUUCUUGGCCUCCAACGAGAUGACCAAGUCGAAGGUACAGGGAGCGCUGCUUCUUCGCUCGGGGGCCUGGCUGGAGGGGGCUUUCCCAGGUUGCGGAGAUGCCUGCAAGCUGCUCUGGGCACGCAGACCAACCACCUUCUGCGGACCUGGGAUUUCUCCUCUGGCUCUUGGCAUGCCCUGGUAUGUCCCGUGGAGGACCUUAAGGUCCACAAAUGACAAUAUUCUGGAGGUCCCAGGUCGCAAGGUGGUUAGGUUGGUCUCAACCAGAGGCAGGGCCUUUUCAGUACUGGCCCCGACUUGGUGGAACACUCUGUCCCAAAAGACCAGGGCCCUGUGGGACUUGACAUCUUUCCGCAGGGCCUGCAAGACAGAGCUGUUCCGCCUGGCCUUUGGUUUGGAUUCACUCUGACCCUUAUGUUUCCCUCCCCUUAGGCUCUGGCUGGGGAGUGCGGGGUAUAAAUAAAAUUUAUUAUUAUUAUUAUUAAUAAUAAUAAUAAUAAAUGACCUCUGGCUGCCUUUGAGCCACGACAGACCCGCCUGUGGGUGCUCCCUGGUCCUCCUGCCUGCCCCAUGGGGCGCCCGGGCACGAGGGGGGCAGGCCCAUGUUGCAGCUGAGGCCUCUUCUUCCCCUUUGCUCCAGGAGAUCAUCUUUGAGUGGCAGCAGGCGGCCAGCAAUGUCCUGGUGGCAGUUGGCAGGCGCUUCAUCAACAAGGUGAUGGAGGAGGUGCUGACCAAGUUCCAGCCUGGAAUCCUGCCCCAUUACUUCAUUGUGCAGACGUUCGCCAACCUCUCCAUGACCAACGGUCAGUGGUUCUCUCCUCUGCCCCCCCCCCCAAAUCCCUAGCAGUUCUGUCCCCCUGGAGAGGAGAGGAGCCAGGACACGAAUGGGUGGUCUGGAACCACGGUGUGGCUAGGAGACCACAGGUGUCCUAUGGGGCCAAAGACCAGGUGUGUGGGAGCCCCCUCUGCCCCACCACCAGUUCCCCAUAGAUUAUCCAGGCUGACGCUCUGAGUUCGAGUUCCCCAAAGGACUUGGUUUCAUCCAGCUUCCCUCCCUCUCCUCCUCCCUGCCAGUGUUUGGGAUGGUGCCGUUCCUGAACUCCAUUCUGGGGACCAUGCUGCCCAUGCUGGGGAUGGCCAAGCAGGACAACAUGAGGACCGUCUUCUGCUAUGGUAAGGUGGCCAGGGCUCUCCCCCUGCUCUCUGGUGGCUCAGGCAGGAGCUGUGGCUCAUAGGUGCCCUUGUGCAGGGCUGCAUGUGCUCAGCGCUUGGGCAGAAAGGGAUCUCAGGCCAAACAUCGGAAUAUGCUCAAGUUGUGUGUGUUCUCCUUCUCUCCAUGAAGAGCAUUUAUCCUUAAGAAUAAUGGCAUCUUCUAAAUGCCCCACAUUAGCUGUGGCGUUAGAUGGCACUCAGUCCCCAGCCAUUCCAGAGUUAAUCAGUGAGGCUUCUUGCUAACGAUGAAUAUAGGGGCACUCUGGCCAUCCAUGCCUGAGGGAGUUGGCACCAAACCCAGAAAGCUCCUUGCCUCUGUCUCCUGCAAACCGGACUCUGCUCCUGGCUGUUCUCUUGCAGAUUUCUUGCCUGUGUCCAUAUUAACAGGGCACGGCUAACAUUUGUCCCUGGAGGGCUGUGGGUCAAGUCACUGAAUGCCCAGGAGCCAAUUUUUAUUUUAUUUAGGAUUCUUGGACAGGAAGUGGGAUAAAUAGGCCUCGCGUUCCAUCAGGUAGGAAAGGCACUGUGGCUCCGAUUUCUCCGGCUGAUUUAGUGGCGUUCUUCGUGUUCUGGACUGCGAUGGCCACAUUGGGCUCAUCCCAAAGCCAUGGCUGUUGCCCAAGAACACGCUUGCCUGUGCGUCUCUGUCUUCUGAUUAGUGCAAAACUGUCAGAGAAUGUGGUGGUGGGACCACAUUUACUACUAAACACUGUUGGACUCUCUCUUCUUUAAAAUCACUAAUUGAAAUUGGGGAAAAUGUUUGUCCUCUCCCCCUCUUAAUGUUUUGACCUUUGAAUGCAGGGGUCGGCAAGGCUUAGCAUGGGCCUGAUCACUCCCGCAGAGAUCCUCUGUGGGCCGGGCCGGCGCAGCGCGACGUCGGAAAUUGCUUCUGCACUUGCCCAGAUGCCAGAAAUUGCUCCGACGCAGAAGCAAUUUUCGGUGUCUGGGCAUGCACUGAAGUGAUUUCCGGAGUCGCGGAAGAUAGUCCCCGCAUCACACUGCGCCGGUUUCGUGCAGCCUGUGGGGACUCGCAGCUCAGUUCGGGGGCGGCUCUUGGGCCAGUUAAACAGCUCUGUGGGCUGCUUCCGGCCCCUGGGCCUUAGGUUGCUGACUUCUGCUUGAAUGAAUCAUGACAAGAACAUUUGCACCCAUUAACCAUACCCAUGACUGGCUUCUUAAAAAUCAGAUUUCCAGCUUUGAGUGUUUAGCCUGUUUAUUGUGGUAUUAAUUUUCACUGACCUCCUUUACAUGUACAUCUUGUAUGUUUGAUUUUGUAUUAAAACUUUUUUUAAAAGCCAAUCUUGGAACUUACCCACACUAACCUUUUGCCCUGCUCUUUCCAGGCAUGGGUCCACAUUCUAAAGCGCUGUGUCUGAGCGUAGAUAUUUUUUUGCCCCAGAGCUUUCCGCGUGAAAACCUGCUCUGUAGUGCUCAAUCAGAGCAAACAUCAGGUUUUUCCCAGAUUUCUGUUUGUUCCGAUGGAGCUUUAAAGAGCAGGCUUCCGUGGGAAAAUCUCCAGAGCCCCCAAAAAGGUGCCCGGACUCGGAGCCUUGAAGCGCAGGGUGUGCCUGGAAAGAGUUGAGGAAAGGGGAGGUGCAGAGAAGCCCCAAACCUCUGUAGAAUACGUUGCAUGGGGAGGCUGUGCUCAGGACAAUUUCUGGAGAAGCUUUUCUUCCUGCUGAGGUCCAGGAAUCCUGAGCCCGGCCUUCACAUCAAACAGAUCCUACACAAGGUGACUAGUCGCAAGGUCUGAGUGAUCAGAGGAGGGCGAAGGGUCUCCUGCCCACCCCUCGGACAAAGAGUCUUGAGGGUGGGGCCUGCAGGGGGCAGGCACUGUGCAUGUUGAACUUGCAGGCAAGGGGCCUAGAUCUUGAUAAGGCUGCUGUGCUCUGUCCCUCAGGGAAACUAAAGGGCAGCUGGUAGUUUUGAGCAUCAUAAGAGCCUGCUUGCUGGAUCAGGCCAAAGGGGGUGGGCUGUGCACCCCAGGGCCCAGCCAAGGGGCCAUUAUGGGAACCCCGCAAGCAGAACAGGAGCUCCACAACCCCCUUCCCUCACUUGGUUGCCCCAGGGACUGCUGGGAGACAAAUUUGUGGAGGAUAAAAGCGAAUUCCUAUUUUAAAGCCGUCCAGAUGUGCUGAGGGAUGACUUGGGGGGCAGUGUGGAGCCACAGCUCGCAUGAAAUCUGUUCCGUAGCUUUGCAGAACUUCAGCGAGAGCAUCCAGGAGUACAUGGCGAAUCUGGACCAGGCGCCGGACCCGACGGUGAGGCGAGACACCUUCUCCAACGACAUCUUCAGCGCUUAUGAAUUCCUUUUCAACAGCUGGCUGCAGACCCGGGAAACAAAGGUGGGCGAGAGGUUGAGCUAGGGGUCGGGGGUCCCUGGGGAGAGGAGAGCCUUUCCCUCCCCCCGUCUACUGCUCUGGACAAAUCUCUGCCGCUGGGCUCUCCUUUUUGGCCCUGUGACUCCUCCACUCACGAGGGCCGGUGUGUCGCGGUCGCCUUCGUUUAUAGACUUGCUUUUCCAUAGAUGACGCUGGAGGCUGGCUCCCAGUCUCUCCCUUGCGCACGCGCCUUGCUCUGUAUGUCCUGCAGAGUAAAUCGCCCUUCCAGGGUGAGAUGCAGCCCCUUUAGAGUACUGGAUAAGGAGCAAGCAAGAUGGCAGCCAUGGCAGGAGGUGGAGCCAUUUGGGCAGAAGGAUGAAGGAUGGGGCCCGGAAGAGCCAGGGACUGUGGACUGGGAGGAAUAGGGCAUGGGAAGAGAGAGCUUUUGAAAUUAUCAGGAUAUAUUUUUUCUUUUUUAUUGGUUUUCACAUAUUACUUUACAAUACAGAUGUGCCAAAGCCAACACCAUUUCCUCCCCAUCCCCCCAUACAUUUACAUUUCUAUUUCCUCAAUCCACCAUAUUAUUCUUUUCUCCUUCCUCCCACUUCCCUCCACCCCCACUCGAUUUCCUCCACGUUAUAAAAUUUACAAUAAUCUUUGCAUUCUACAAUCUUGUCAAAUCAUCUAUAUAUUCCUAUUAUCUUUCCUUACUAAUUUUUCUUCCAUCCAGUACUUCGCCUUUUAAUCUAGGCAUAUUAGCAUAUCUUUUAUUGAGCAAUAUUUUGCUAUAUAUUCAUCAAAACAUUUCCACUCCUUUUUUAAUUUUUGAUUUGACUGAUUUCUUAUUAUAGCAGUUAAUUUUGCCAAAAUUCAUUCCUCCUUUGUGGGUAUAGUUUGUGACUUCCACCUAGCAGCAAUGACUAUUCUAGUAGCUGUACUUGCAUAUAGAAAAAUUCUCUCCCCCCCGCCCGGUAUCUCUUCAUCUACCAGUCCAAGGAGAUAUGUCUCUGGUUUCUUUGUUAUUGAUAUUUUCAACAUCUUCUUUAGUUCUUCGUGUACUACUAUCCAAAAUUUCUUCAUUUCCUCACACCUCCACCACAUAUGUAUUGUUGUUCCUAUUUCUGCACCACAUCUCCAACAGAGGUUGGAUUUCAGUUUAUAUAUCUUUGCCAGCUUAGCUGGCGUUAAGUACCCCCUAUAGAACAUCUUUACAAAAUUUUCUUUAAUUGUAUAUGAGGCAGUAAAAAGAAAGAAAUUAUCAGGAUCUCAAUUCAACCGGUUCUCUUUGCUGGGGUGGCUUGUUUGGGAGCAACGCUAUGACUCCUGUGAGGGCCCAGUAGCUGGCUUUGAAGGCACCAUUUAAAAAGGGAGUCGAGUCCGUGUUCUCAGGGUGGUUCCAGGCCCCAUCUCACGCGAUGCCCAUUUCCAGUAUGGAGGCCGCUCCCUUCUGCCCUGUGUUGAGGGCAGAGGCCCAUUGAGGUCUGCAUCCCCAGCCUUCCUUGCUGCAGCAGCAGCAGCAGGGCCGGGUUCAAGGGGCUCUCCCUGGCCAGGAUGGGUGGCUCUUGGGGGGGUCUUAGAAGGCCAGUGGCCCUUGUAUUAUAUAUGAAAGAACAUUGUGAACACCUGGAAACAUUUGUGGCUUUGAACUGAAGUGUUUUGUAAUGGGAAUAUAAGAAACUGAUUUACAUUUAAUGAGGGGAAAUGUAAAAAUAAGAGAGAAGGUAAAAAGGUGGUUAUGGAAAUGCUAAGAACAAAGCAAAAAUAUGUACGGAAGUCAGAGAGAGGGGCGGGAGGAGGUCCGUGCUCAGAUAGAGUGAUGUUUGAGUUUAUUGAAUUACGUAUGGAAACUGUGAUUAUGAUAAAAUUGAAAAUGCAAUAAAAAAUUAAAUAAUAAAAAAAUUAGAAGGCCCGUGACACCCCUGCCCCUCUUUGCAGCUUCGACUGGCUGUUGUGGAGGCGCUUGGCCCCAUGAGUCACCUGCUGCCUAGUGAGAAGCUGGAGGAGCAGCUCCCUCGCCUCAUCCCGGGGAUCCUGACCCUCUACAGGAAGCCAGCAGAGGCCUACUAUGUGUCCAAGGUAGGCAUGGAGAAGGGUCCUGGGGAGAGAGGACAGGGCUUUGCGGGCCUCUGUCCUUGGGCUUUGCUGCCAAAGCUCACCGGUCCUUUAGGCUUCAGCCCUUGCCUUCCCAAGACUUGAGAGGCCAAGCUGCCAAGCGCCCCACUUUCCCAGAGCCCGUCUGGUUUGCGGUCUGGGCGGUCCUGCCAAGACAGGAUGCCGAGGAGCCACUCUCCCCUUGGUCUGCCGGUGUGGGGGCCUCACCUGGGUGUGGGGUUGGGGAAGGGCCCUUCUCCCCUGCUGCUUCCCCAGAGGGUGGGGCUGCUAACCUGGGGCUGCGCUGUGUCUCUCCUGCCCUGUGUCCUCCGAGCAGAGCUUGUGCCAGAUCCUCGAGGCAGCAGUCAACAUCGGCAGCCGCACGCUGGACACGCAGCUGGAAGCCCUGCUCAACGCCCUGCAGCUCCAGGUGGGGAAAGGGGGCCGGGGGACGACGACGACAACCCUUUAAACUCUGCCUCUCCAGCCUAGGCAGGGGCCCUCCAAGUGCUUUGGACCACCCUUCCCAUCAGCCCCAGAUGGUGCACUGGCUUGCUGCUGCUGGAGAGCAAUAGUAAUAAUAAUAAUAAUAAUAAUAAUAAUAAUAAUAAUAAUAAUAAUAAAAAAUAAUAAAAUAAUUGAGGCGUUCCCAAAGCAAAGGAAGGAUUAGACUCUGAUUAAUAGAAUACACAGGAGGCUUGACCAGCAAGACUCUGGGAGGAGGUGCCAAUAAUAAUAAUCCUCUCCACCCCUCGGCCCAGGUUGUUUUAUUCACAAAAGAACUUUUUACACAGUGUUCGUAAGACCCAAUCAGAUUUCCUCUGAGCAUUUCAAAAAACCCCACGUGGGACAAAGUCAGAUCAGAAUAAAUUCUUUUAACUACAAAGACUACUCUGAGCAUGCAUAGUAGUCCAGAGUAAAUAAAAGAGGAAGCAAUGCUUUUAGGAAACCCUGAGGUCAUAAACAGGAGUAAACAGGGGAGGCUGGAUGGCAGUAUUUGCCAUCUCCUUCCUGGCCCUUAAGAUCUAUCUAAAGAUUAAACUAAAUUUAAGCUGACUAUCACCCAGGAUGCCUGAUGAAGCAACUGGCCUGUGUUUCAGAAUGCUUAUAUGUGCCUGUCAGGCAGAGAAAAUGGCCAGAAAUGCAGAGGCUUGUGGGAUUUGAUCAGAAAUUAUUGUCAAUGAAUUAAACCCAGUCAACGCAAUGCUUUCAUAGCGGACACAAUGGCUUGAUGCAUAUUUUAUAAUUCCUCAUAGUAAUCCCACCUGACCCCCACACUCUGGAUAUCUGCACCCCUACAGUAAAUGUAGUAAAAUGGCUGGCCCCCUGUUCCUGCCUCACUGGCCUUUUCUCCUCCUCCCUCGAGCAGAUCUGCUCCCCUCUGGACUCCUCCACGCCAGUCCAACUGAAGAAUCACAAUGAGGUCCUUCGCUGCUUCACGGUGCUUGGUAAGAACCCAGGGAGAUCUCUCAUCUCUCUCUCUCUCUGUCUCUCUGUCUCUCUUUAUCUCUUUCGCUGGAUAACCACUGUGAGUUGGCUGUGGCUGCUGCCGAUUGUGGAGCUGAGUUUCCUGAUUAUCUUUUUUUAAAUUUAAAAAGAAGCAACCAGCUUACUAGUCCUCAAGGCUGCAAAGCUGACUUGGGCAGAGUGUGGUGAAAUGCUUGGAGGGAGAGCAGGGUGGGCAGGGCUUUCAGUGGGACUUCAGGACCUUGCAUUGCUUUCUGCAAGCACUCCAUCCAGUGUAAGUCAAAGUCCCGCUUUUAAUUUUGCUAAUCUUGGAGAGGAGCAGACUUCUGCUCUUCCAGUUACAGAGGAGCUUUUUCCUUCCUGUUCUGCAACGUGCAGAGCUUGCACAGCCGCUGCCUGCUUGGAGGCUUGUGGCCCUGGGAGAAUGGUCUGCCCUGGGAGGAGGAAUGCCCCUUCCAGCUCUGCCUUACGGGCCCCUGCUGUGUGCUGCACCUGAUGUGUCCGUCCUCCGGGUCAAAAAUGUAGGGCUGGGUGUCCUGCGUCACGAGUCCUUGAGCAGGAGGGCAUUGCCCGCUGCAGGUGCCGCAGUUCCUGGCGACAGUGCAGAGUUGAAAAUUCUGGGUGUGACAUGUUGAGCAAUAGGAGCCCAUGUGCGUGUGACUUGGAACGAAAUUCAGAACUUCCUUUUUGGCACUCGGGGUUGCAAAGGUUGGCUGCCUUGCUGCUGUGCCGCCUCUGGCCCUGCUGUGUUUUGCCCCCUUCCCACUUUGGGGUUCCUGCAGUGCCAUAAAUCACAGGGCUCUCCAGCCAUCACUCUUCAAGGAGCUGUUUCUGGCAGGGACACGGACAUCUGGCAACGUUUGUCCACUGUCGAAGUGCGACUUCUUUUCUUUUCGCCCUCCAGUUCACACUUCCGUUGUGCAAGAGCUCUUCCUCUUUCUCUCUCCACCUCCCCACAUCUCUUGAGUAAUCUUUUGGCAAGCCUGUAUUUCCUUAGAGCCCUGCCGUUAUCUCUUUUGACUAAGCACAGAGGGCCUUGCUGCGGUCCCAGCACAUCAGUACAGUUGAAGGAGGCGGUCGUGAGACCAUUUUGUCUGAAAAAAAUCCUGACUGGACCCAAAAGAUUAGAACAACCACCUCCCAUUUUCCAAUCCCCCCUUUUGGGACGAGGUGCAUGAAGUGUCUGGGGGCAGCCUGUCUCCAGGCACUGUGGGAUGGAACGGGGUCUCGUUUCAGUUAAGCUUUUGAGCCAGGGUUUGGCACAGGAGCAGCUUUGAUGGGAGCCGGGCUUCGGCUGGGGAGGGCGGGAUAUAAAUAAAAUUUAUUAUUAUUAUUAUUAUUAUUAUUAUUAUUAUUAUUAUUAUUAUUAUUACCUGUGUCCGGACAGGGGAGGAGGGGGCCCAUGUGGAUUCUCUUGGCUCUCACAUUGGCUUUUGGUCGUGGUGUUUUGUGGGAUCAGCUCUGGAGCAAAACUCUGGCUCCUCUCCUUUCAGAAGGGGGUGCUGGGGGAUUUCAGCUUCAGUGUUUUGAGCUGAGGGGUCUUCAAGUUCCCAGCUGGAAAAGGUUCAGAAAAGAGCCACAACAUGUUGAAGGCGAUGGAGCACAUUUCUCAGUGCUGCAGGGAAGGGCCUUUUCUGUGGUGGCUCCUUGAGUGAGUGGAACGCCCUCACAAGCGAGAGCCUCUGGCACUGACACCGCAGACUUUUCAGUGUCAACUUAAGACCUCAUUUGCCCAGGCUUUUUGAAUUAUGGUAUCUUUAGUUGGUGGAAUGCUUUUAUUCCUCUUAGUUGUAUUGACUAUGUUACAACAUACAGUCAUACCUCGGGUUACAGCCACUUCAGGUUUUGUUUUUUCAGGUUACGGACUGCCGAAACCUGGAAGUGUCAGAACGGGUUACUUCCAGGUUUCGGCAGUCACGCAUGCGCAGAAGCGCCGAAUUGCAACCUGGGCGUGCGCAGACGUGGGUUGUGAACGCUGCGGGUUGCGAAUGUGCAUCCCGCACGGAUCACGUUCGCAACCCGAGCGUCCACUGUAGUUGUAACUUUGCAUUUCUUUAUAUAUACUGCCUUGGAAUCUUCUUUCAUUUUGACUUGAACGGCAGCUUAUAACAUUCAACCGACAAAUCCUUAAGUCCUUCUCUCCCGCUGCCUGACCCGGUCAUCAAAUGGUUUUGUGACACGUGUCCAUUUUGGCUCCUUUGUUGCUGCACAGGAUCCCCCUGGUUCCUGGAUUGGUGCAGGGAUUGGCCUGGCCUAAGGCUGAGGAGGCUGCCCUGUGACUCCAGAUCCUGGGUUGGACCCCUUUGUGUGUCCACCUGGAAGGCUGUCCUGGUUGUCCGGCCACAGCUGGCAGUGGAUGAGUGAGCACAGUAUUAUGUUUGGUGUUAAGGUUUUAGACUUAUGAAAAGUUAUUGUAAGUUUAAGUGAAGUCUGCUGCAACCGGAUUUCUUACGGACUGUGCCAAUCCUGAAUGUAUUGGAUUUGUGACCAUUAUGCUCAUAUUUGCCUUCAGUAACAGCAAAGCUCUGCUGGAUGAAAUGCAAUUGCCUGAUUUUACAACAAAUUAGAAACACUUUAUAUUUUACAUUUUACAGUUUAAACUCCAAAUCAAAACUAUACCCCAAAAGAGUUUGCAAUGUGGGACACUCACCCAAAGGAAACACGGCUCAGCAAGAGACCUGCUAUAAAACCAUUAAAGACACCUUCUGGCCUCAUCAACCACCUGCUCCUUUAAGAUAGGACUACAGCUCAUUUUACCACUGUUAGUAGGGAAAUAUAAACGCCCCCCUUCAGCACAAAGAGAUGCAUUUAAACAACAAACUAGCAUACAAUUAAACAGCAAAAUAACUCGGCAAGAAAACCCAAGCCUCCCCCUUCCUCAUAGUUUAUCCAUCCUGUAGCCCAGCUUAAGAAAUAAGUACCAAUCCAGUACUGAGGACACUCCUCUUCCUCGCACGGCGGUGACGAUCCUGGUCUCGACUUUUCCCUCUUGCAGCCUCUUCCUUCCCGGACCGUUUGCUGGGAUUUCUGCUUCCAAAGCUGGAGUCGGGAAAUGAGCGGACGCGAGUGGGAACCCUCACCAUCCUGCGCCAGAUCAUCAACAGUGCCUGUGAGUGGCGGAGGGGAGGGGAGGGGAGGGGAGGGGGCUGCCUUUCCCAGGCUCCCCAGAGAAGGAGCAGCUGUGGCCAGAUGCCCCCCUGCACUUCCUCAGGGGCAGGCUCUGUUUACACUGUUGCACUUGGGUCCCCAUGGCUGCAGUUUGGCUCAUCCCACGCCCAGUUUUGGCAAGGGUGGGUGAGCUUUGAGUUGGCUGCCUCUCGCCUUCUUUGAGUCUUUUUUUUGGCCAUGCCCCAUCUAAGCAUCUCUAAAACCCUGAUCCCCCCUUCCCCUGUGACAUAUAAUUCUUAUUAUUCAAAAAGUGAACUCCUGAUCAUAUGAAGGAAGCCUAAAGGGCCAUUUACUGUUCAUAACUCAUUCUCGAACUGCCCCCCUUAAGCAUCAAAUUGCCCCCCUGUGGGGAACCCCAGGUCUAGACCCUGUUUGUCCUCCUUGCUGUGACUCUUCGGGGUCGUUCUGCUGGCUUGUCUGAAAAGGUCUGUGCCAGGAAGUGCAACUCUGGAGCAGUCUUUCCUGGUCCCUUUUUGAAAGAGAAAGGUGUGAGGUCCCGCCAGAGGCAGGCUUGGGGGCCGCACAGCAGGCUGUGCCAGGGUUGGGCCAAUUCAGAAUGAGCGAGCCAGGACUGCAAAGGGAGGGUGUUGUGGGUGCCUCCCCAGCAGGAGCAGAUUAUCCCCCUCCUCGGUUCAGCCAGGCUCACGGCCGUGGGCUCUGGCUCCUCCUGGGCUCUUGCUAGGACAGCCCGCUCUGAGGCCGGGACAGAGAAGCAGCUGGGUGUCUCCGCAUGAGAAGCUCUGCGUUGCCUGGCUGCCGGCCAGCACUGCCCAAAUAGCCUCCGUGGCCUCGGCCACGCUCCUUUCCUCCAUGGGUGGCAGUCUUCAGAGCUCUGGGUUGGGGGCAGUUGUGGGUCCCAUGCUGUGCUCCCUGGUCGAAGGAGCAUGGAGGGCUGGAGGUGUGGCGGCGGUGGCGUGGGGCUGCCUUGUGCCUGCGUGGAGCUUUGGCCGGCUAAACGGCCCUUUCUGCUUGUCCCUCUUCUGCCCAGCCUCUCAGAUGGAGAUUAAGAAGCCCUUCAUCCUUUCUUCCAUGAAGCUGCCCUUGCAGGACAACAGCAAUAAGGUGAGUGGGGGGGGGGGACAGAAAGAGGCAGCUCUCCUCCCCUCCAGGCCUGCUCUGCUAACUUCCAGCCGGGCUCAGUGCACACCAGAAGCUUCUUGCAAGCAUUUAUAUGCAUCCCUCAAGCCCUCUCUGCUCUGUAAGGUUCCACUGAGUUGCCCUUUAUGCCGGAGGGCCAGAGGGGACAGUGGCGUCCCCUGUGCCCACCUUGUGGUUUCCACUUAGAGAUGGGGUUGGGGGAGUUGCUCCUCCUGCCUAAGGCGCCCUGUGGGGCAGGAGUUUGCCCAGCCCAGUGCAGCUGCUUCCCCUGGCAACAGUCUGGAUCUUGCAGAGGACAUGGCCAGGCCAAGCCCCUCAUCCAUACCAGGGCUGAACGUGGCUCCCUUUCUGGGCAGCGGGCCUGGAGCUGCUGCCUAGACCUGUUUUUCAUGUAGGAAAUUCAUCAUCCCACUCAGGGCAGCUGCCCUGAAAGGUUGCAGUUAAAGUCAGGCCAGGGAGGCCGGAAUUGUGCAACCUGAUGUUUUGAAAGGCCUUUCCGUGGUGCUGGGGGAGCGCUCCCAGGGCAGCAAGAGCCCCCCUCCCUGCUCUCUGUAGCAUUCCCAAAGCAAGGAAGGAUUGGACUCUGAUUAAUAAAAUACACACAGAGGCCUGACCAGCAAGACUCUGGGAGGAGUGCGCAUAAUAGUUCCUCUCCACCCCUUGGCCCAGGUCGUUUUAUUCACAAAAGAACUUUUUACACGGUGUUCGUUAGAACCAAUCAGAUUUCCUCUGAGCAUUUCAAAAAAACCCACGUGGGGACGAAGUUAAAAGUUAGAACUACAAAGAGCUAAUUUGAGCAUGCAUAGUAGUCCAGAGUAAAUAAAAUAGGGAGCAAGGAGGAAUGCUUUUAGGAAACUCCAGAGGUCAUAAACAAGCAGUAGACAUGAGAGGAAGGAUGGGUAAUAUUCCUGGCCCUUAAGAUCUAUCUAAGGAUUAACAAACUACAUCAAAGUAACCUACUAUCUUUAUGUACUGAGGAUGCCUGGUGAAGCAACUGGCCUGUGUUUCAGAAUGCUUAUACGUGCCUGUCAGGCAUAGAGAAAUGGGCAGCAGAGGAAAAAUAGCAUAGAUGGAAAGGCUUGUGGGAUUUGAUCAGAAAUUAUUGUCAAUGAAUCAAACCCAGUCAAUGCAAUGCUUUCAUUGCCAACGCGAUGGCUUGAUGCAUAUUUCAUAAUUCUUCAUAGUGAUCCCAUCUGAUCACUACACUCUCCUCUGGAGACCUGUGUGCAGGGCAGUCCUGUGCAGCCCCCUCCCUUGACGUCUUGGGGGGGGCAAGAGGAGGGGGGAGGGUCCCAAGGGCAGCCCACCCAGCUGGCAACUCCCUGGAUGUUUUCCCGCAGGUGAAGCGGGCCGUGGUGCAACUGAUCAGCGCCAUGGCCCACCACGGGUACCUGGAGCAGCCAGGCGGAGAAGCCCUGAUCGAGUUCCUUGUCCGGCAGUGUGCCCUCCCCGGGGACCAGGUGAGGCUCUUGCAGAGGAGCAGCAGGGCCCAGGCAGGCAGCCUCAAGGCCAGGCCUCUCCUCAACUCAAGAUCUGUGGAACAAGCAGGGGGCUGACCCUUGGGAGCCAUUUGUGGGUAUCUCCUCCAGGUCCAAGGCAGUUUCUCCGGUUCAGUUCCCUUGACCUGGCCCUGGGAAUUCCAGGCCCCCACAGGCCUCGGUGGGUCCCCAAUCUUCCCACGUGGGCUGAUGGGGUGCCGAGGGUCUCAGUGAGGGUUUGUGGGACCCACCUGCCAUUCCCGUGUCCACGGUGGCUUCACUUUGCAAAGGCCUUGUGAGAAGCGAAGUGGGGGUUUUUUUGGGGGGGGGGUUGGGCUCUCUACCUAUGUAACGUUGAUUCUGCCCAGCCCCCCCAGCUCCCGCGGAGACAUUCCCUGGAAACGGAGGACUUGACGGACGGCCACGUCCGAGACAUCAGUGUGAACACGCUUUUCCUCAUCAGCACCACAGUCGACAGGAUGGCCGACGUGAGUCUCCCUAAGGAAAGGGCCUGACGUGGCUGCUUCCCGGGUUGCAGAUCAAGGAUUUCUGCCGGGCUCCACCAAGUGGAGUCAAACAUCUAGCAAAGGCUGAUCAUGCAGAGUCCUCUUUAAAACCAGCUGCAGAGCGGCCGUCCCAUCCUGUGCUCUUGCACGGGGCAGCCGUGACCAACCUGCGCUCCCUACGGCGUGUGUGGUACAGUCCAUUGCCUGACCUGGAAAGUGUCCCAGGGAUUUGGGGGCCUCCCCUUGGCUCCUGGUGGGCUGCUCCAAAGGGAGCGCAGAAAGCUUCCAAAGCAGUUUGGAGCCUGGGAAGAUCAGCAGGCGCUGAGCUGCGUGUGGGUCUUGCUCUGGGCCCCUGGACGCUGCACCAGCGGCUUCAGGAGCCACCCACAGGCUUCUGCCUUGCUUGGAAUGCUCUGGCUAGGGCCAGAUUUUGAGGCAUGGCUGCGCUGGGGAGGUGGGGAGCCUCCUGCACCAUCUGGCUUUGCCUGCCUGCUCCAGGGAGCACCUGCUCUUCUGCCUCGCCAAGGCCUGCUCCUCCCUUUGCCCUUGCAGGUCCUCUGGCCGUACCUCCUGGAGUUUGUGAUCCCCAUCCACUUGAGCAACGCCCUGACCCCACUCUGCAAGAGCCUCAUCUUCCUGGCUGCACAGAGGCAAGAGAAGGAUGAGCCCGACUUCCAGCUCCUCUACGAAGCCGGGGGUUCGUAUCCCGCUGCUCCGAGGCCGGCUGGGUGCGCCCUUGCCAGGAGAGCUGGCUCUUUGCUGAAAUCUCCGCAUUCAUGGAGUCAGCUUGCGCAAGCGGAAGGCAGAUGUUGCCUGAUGUUGUAAAUGCAGAUGUUGUAAAUGCUGUUCUUCUGCAAACUACCUUUCUGAGGGUGGGGGGGCUGCUGAGGGCCUAAUGGGGGUGGGGGCUGCAGCUUGAGUUCUGCACAGACCGGCUCUGAUUUCUGAAGCUUCUGCGCAGGCCAGGACCCGGGACCCGAACUCUUCCCUGCAAGGAGCCUGGCGGAGACCUUGGGGUUUUGCUCAAGGCUCUUCUGCCCCUUGCAGGGCUGUUGUGCUCCAAAUGCAGAUGACGUUGCUGCCCCCCAUGCCUGCUUUCUCCCACAGUGCCUGGGCAGGAGGUCUUGCCUUACCGUUUAUUCCCCUCUGUUUUAUUUGCAGCGACGCUUCCGACCCCUCAUGCUCUCCUGGCAAGGCUUCUGGUAAGUGUGAGGAGCUGGUCUGAUCCACGGGUGAAAACGCCUGUGGAGCCACAUCGGGUAGUGCAUUGGCAACCCCGGCAGAGACGCCCCCGUGCCCUGGAGAACGGCUCUCCCCUCCCCAGUCCAGGCGCUCUCUCCCUGGGCCUAGCCACCCCUCCAGUUAGGCACAUGGCGCAAGUCUUCUCUGCAGGCAGUUUCUCCUCCCAGAGGGCUCCUGAGCUGCCUGGGGGCUCCUGCCCAACACGAUUGGCCUAGGGAAGGCUGGUGGCACCCUGCUUCCUGCAGCAAGCCUAAGAGCAACCCUGCGGGAUCAGGCCCAGGGGGGCCCAUUCCUCUCACCAUCCUGCUCUCUCAGUGGCCAGCCAGACACCCACAGGGACACCCACAAAUCAUUACGUUGUGCAGUCCUCAGUCCAGAAGCUGUUCUUUCCACAGGCCGGGUCCUCUGCUGUUGCAGCUGCCCGGAUCUCUAGUGAAGACAGGAUUUAGACCAGGGGUUGGCAAGGGUUACCUUGCCUGGGCCGGUUCACUCCAGCAGAGAUUCCUCUGUGGGCCGGAUUGUGUGUGUGUGUGUGUGUGUGUGUGUGUGUGCGCGCGCACACACAGCAGUAAUUUUUGGCAUCUGCAACUGUGCAGACGCAAUUUUUGGUGCCGCGUUGUGCCAGUUUAGUGCGGCGCACGGGGACUUGCUGAGCAGGCGCUUGUGGGCCGCUUGUGGCCCAUGGGCCUUAGGCUGCCCACCCCGAUUUAGACUCAUCAGGUUGGAAUGGACCCCAAGGCCGUCAAGUCCAAACUCUAGCCGUGCUGGAGUCACAGCUGAAGCCCCCCUGAGAAGUGGCCUCUGUGGCCGUCCUUUGCUGUCUCCCGCUGACCAGCCCCCUCUUGCCCCAGGGAGAGCCAGGGUGCUGCUCUCAGCCAAAGGCUGAGCUUGGAAGCUCCCCAACUUGGAAGGGCUUUCUGUCUGUGGCUCCAGGAAGGCCCCCUUGCAACCCCCCCUGCUCUUCUCCCUCCCAGGUCGUGUCUUCCCAGCCUUACGUGGGGGAGGGCCGUGCUGCCGCCGUCCUUCGCCUCCUGAACGUGCUCCACCUCAGCGUCCACAAGGCUCUGGGGCCGCUGUGGGGCAAGCAGAUCCCCGCGCUGGUGGAACACCUGGAAGGUAAAGGUGUGGAGGCAGCUGCAGAGCACCUCUCUCGGGAAGGGACCCCAGCCCUUGACUCUUCUCCCGCCCCCUUUUUGACCGGGGGGGGCACCUCCACACAUAGUGGGAGCUACGAGCCUGGCCCCGAACGCAGAGCAGCCCCCUGAGGCUCUGGUGUCCACAGGAUCCUUCCAGGGAAUCUGUGGCAGUAGAAGCAGAAGCAGCCACUGGGGGUGCGCCAGUUGUUGAAAUAUGGCAGGUGUUGGGUCUGCCUCCCAAGCCCAGUCCUGCCAUUUCUGUGUCAGGAGCCUGAACUGCAUAGCUUUUUUGGGGGGGGGGCAUGGAGGAAGACUCCCCCUUGGAUGUGAAGAGAAGCCAGUCCCAGCCAGGAGGGGACAGAGUACUGAGCUUGGUGGGUCCUCAGGUAUCGUGAUGCAAAGCAGGAAUCCUUGUGCGAAUCCCCUCUCCUCUGUCUUCCAGCAAAUACGAAGGCUUCUCUGUCCCAGAAGGAAUGGGAAGACCGGCUGCUCAAGGUAAGCGAGUCUCCUCCUCCUUCCUCUGAGCGAGGGGCCCCUCGGAGCGGAGCAUCAAUCCUUUAGAGAUAUACACUUUUCAAAUUUAUACAUUUCAUUAGUUUUACAAUCCAUUUAAUAUUCCAAAAUUUGACUCUGUUCCCCCUCUUUCUGCUGUUCCUUAAAUUUAUUUAAUAUCUUCUGCAGAUCCAAAUUCAUUUAACUUGCUCGUUUAAUUAUCUUCCGUAAAUAUAUACCGUUAUAAAACUUGCAGGUUAUUGCAGUAAUCCGUCUAAUGUUUUUAUCUGUUUACUGAAUAUUGAAUAUUUACAGAUAAAUUGUAAACAGAUAAAAACAGAGCUGAGCAUCACUCUUGAUGGCCCACCGGGAGGUUUGCUGAUGGCCCUGUCCAGAUGCCUCGCUCCCUCCCUCCCUUGCUCCCCCAACUCCAGCCUCUUAACCUUGGCUCUGUGACAGUGACGGGGUCCUUGGCUUCCUGGAGAGCGACAUGCCCACCUUGCUGCUACCUGUGCACCUGAGCAGCGCAAUCUGAUGCUUCCUCAGCUGUGGUGUAGUGGUUAAGAGCGGUAGUCUCAUAAUCUGGGGAACCGGGUUCGAGUCUCCGCUCCUCCACCUGCAGCUGCUGGGUGACCUUGGGCCAGUCACACUUUUCUGAAGUCUCUCAGCCCCACUCACCUCACAGGAUGUCUGUUGUGGGGGAGGAAGGGAAGGGAGAUUGUUAGCCGCUUUGAGACUCCUGAAGGGGAGUGGAAGGCGGGAUAUCAAAUCCAAACUCUUCUUCUUUCUGGGUGCCUCCCUCCCCCCCCCAGUCUAGGGGGCUCAGGUGAGACCCGCCUGUGGUUCUGAGGCUGUAGCCCUGGGCUUCAUGCGCAGCUUCUCCCGGCGCACUUGGCUUCCCUCCAGGGCUCUGUGGUGCUUCUGGUUUCUGCGGAGCCUGAGGGGAGGGCAAGGGAGCUUCUGAACGGCUAGAUCAGGCCAAAGGGGGCCCAUCUGGUCCAGCCUCUUGUUCUCACAGGGGCCAAGCAGGGACCCCGAAGGGAAACUCGCAAGGGGGAUUCGGGCACAAGAGCAGCUCUCUCUCCUCUUGCCGUUUCCAGCAACUGCAGUCAAAAUACCUGAUUUUUUUAAAAAAAUUGUUUCUAUUGAUAUACCAAAAAAGGAAAAAAACAAAACAAAAAUACAAACAGUGAUAAAGACAAUAUUAAUUACAAAUCAAUAAAGCAAAAAAUGGUCCUUGAACUAUAGACCCUAUUCCUUAUUCCAGUUAUAUAUUAUUUGUUGCCAGUACCCACUUUUAUCAUAGAUUAACUAGUGAUUGGUUUAUCUUAGGCCUCAUAUCUUUCUUAAAGCUACUACUGAAAUUAUUCAAAUGCUGCGACAGAGUUUAAGCUGCUAUAGUUGUUUUUCAAAUAAACUUUGAAAACUUCCCAUUUUGAGACAAAAUCCUGUUUGAUCUCCUGGACUUCUUCCCUCCUGCCCUUUGUGGGUCCUCUUGUUAAUCAUUUCCUCCUGCAUCUUUUAUGUUAAUCCAAAUCUUUUACCCCUCCCUUGUGUCCAAAAUUCACCAUUAAACUACAAGUGUUAUUCCAACCCUACUAACAAUUUUAACUGUUUACAAUGGUUUUUAAGAUAAAUUAUAAAAUUUCCCCAUUCCUUAUUAAAAUUUUGACCUUCCCGAUUUCUGAUUCUUCUGGCGAUUUUCGCCAUUUCGGCAUAAUCCACCCACUCGAUCUGCCCUUCUUCCCUGCUGGGGACUUUAUCGAGAUCCUUGGCCGUGCCCUUGGGCUAACGCUCUCCCUCAAUGCCAAUGCCUCUGCCCGCAGUUCCUUCGGCAGACCCUGGAGGCCAUUUCGGACACACCUUGGACCAGUCAGCUGCUCCUGGAGAUGGGCAGACAGCUAAGCAGUUACAACGGGUCUCCUCUGGAGAAGGUCUGUGGCCUGGUCUGCUUGGGGAGGGGACGAGGAGAGAGCAGGGCCAGGAUCCAACCUCCUGGCUCUUGACCUGGGCUGAGUGAUUCCUGCCAGGGGGCUGUGGGGUUGCCGCUCUCUUUAGGCCAGGGGCUGCCCAGCUCCCCCUCUCUCCUCGGGGUCUGCUGUGUCCUGGGGGGCAAAUUCUGGACAGCUCCCGGUGGGCAGUCGUUACAGCCGAGCUCAUAUUCCGGCUCUUGUUCCCCUUUUUUUCUUGUGCGCCAGAACUUCCUCUACAAAUGCAUCGGGACGGCCUUGUCUGCUUGUCCCAACAAGGACCUGGUGCGGAAGCAACUCCAGGAGCUCCUGGAAACGGCCAGAUAUCAGGAGGAGGCCGAGCGAGAGGUGAGGGGGCCGGAAUGGCUGCCCAAACAGCCCCCCCUGCCCCAAGAGGUGGGCAGAAGGAGGGCAGCUCUCUGGGCGAGGAAGGGGGGCCCUGCCUGGUCUCCAUUGCCUUCCAGCUGGACCUGCUUCUGCUCCCUGACGCCUGGGUCUCCUCCCUUCCCUACAGGGCCUUGCCUCCUGUCUGGGGCUGUGCGCCAUCAGCCACCUGGAUGAGACCCUUGCCAAGCUGGAGGAGUUCGUGAAGUCGGACGUCUUCAAAAAAUCUGCAGGGCUGUUCAGUAUCUUCAAGGUAUGAGGGUCACUAAGGCACACGUUUUCCUCGUGGGCAGCAGGCGAAAAGUUAUUCUCCGAGGUGUUUGAAGACUGUUUGGUUCCGUUACCUUAACUGGAGAUUCAGGCCCUGUCCUGUUUAUCUUUUUUAAAGGAACUGUGUGUGUACAGUACCCAGAUGGAUCUAUGCGAGAGCUUAUGUAUUCUGAGCAUAAUUAACUUGUAACAACUAAGUAUCUAGAGAGAACAUGUAUGUCUAUGUAUGUAUGUAAAUACAGUGGUGCCUCGCAAGACGAAUGCCUCGCAAGACAAAAAACUCACUAGACGAAAGGGUUUUCCGUUUUUUGAGCUGCUUCGCAAGACGAUUUUCCCUAUGGGCUUGCUUCGCAAGACGGAAACGUCUUGCAAGUUUGUUUCCUUUUAACACCGUUAAGAAGCAACUCAUAGAACACGGUGUGGUAGCCUUUUUUGAGGUUUUUAAAGACUUUGGUGAUUUUUGAAGCUUUUCCAAAACUUUCCCGACACCGUGCUUCGCAAGACGAAAAAAAUCGCAAGACGACAAAACUCGCGGAACAAAUUAAUUUCAUCUUGUGAGGCACCACUGUAUGUAUGUAAGUAAAUUGGACAAGAUUAGCAUCAAUUAUAAAAUAUGAUGAUGAUGAUGAUGAUGAUGAUAAUUUUAUUUAUACCCCACCCUCCCCAGCCAAGACUGGGCUCAGGGCGGCUAACAACCAAUAAUAAAAACAAGUUGAUUAAAAUACAACUUAAAAAAAAGAUUAAAAUACAACAUUAAAACAUUAAAAUGCAGCCUCUUCACAGAAUAAAUUGCUGCUUGAAAUCAGUGAUCCAGAGCUGACUCGACCCGUAACUCUCCCCCCUCCCCCUCCUCCAGGAUCGCAGUGACAACGAGGUGGAGAAGGUGAAGAGCACCCUCAUUCUGUGCUACGGCUUUGUGGCCAAGCACGCCCCCAAGGAGCUGGUUCUGGCGCGGAUCGAUGCCGACAUCCUCCGCAACAUCUUCCUCUACUUCAACACCAAGGUGAGCCUGGGGUCUUGGGGUCAGGCGUGACCAGGGGGGCGGCAGGGGGGCAGCUCCAGUGGCCUCUCAGUCCUGGCCCCCUGGAGGGUUAAUGCGUGUCUCCUUUAUUUUGUCCAGGUUCUGGGAAUAAAAGUAGAAACCAAGGUACAGUGUCAGGCCCUUGGCUCGCACUCGCUCUGUCCUCUCGGUCUGCCUCUCUCUCUUCUCUAGUCAGCUCUUAGGAGGAAGGCUGGGGGGCAAGGCUGGGGGGCAAGGCUCCCUGCCCCGUGGCUCCCAUUGGUUUAACUGGCACAACUGGUGCCUGUCUGUCCUGUCAAGGCCAGGAUGAGCAAGCUGAUGGCAGUCUCCUGCCGCACAGAAGAGGGUCCCUGAAUCCCACCCCUUCCCAAGCCCCCAUCUGGUCAGAAAGGAACUGGUCCCUGGUUUGCCAGCUGAUCCUGGAAGCACAGGCCUGGUCUGCCUAAGGCAAGCUCUGGGCAAGCUCUUGCCUGCCUCUGCUGCUGCUGCCCCCUUGCAGGGCUUUGGGCAGCUGGUCCACAGAAAGGGGAAGGGCUGUGUAGCUCAGUGAGGAGAGCAUCUGCCUCACAAGCAGAGGGUUCAAUCCCCCCGGAAUCUCCUGGUAUGGUUGGGAGAGACGCUUGCUUGAAACCCCGCAGAGCCACGGCUGCCGACCAGGCAAUACUGAGCGGGAUAGACCGGUAUAAGGCAGCUCCCCACGUCAAGGGCAUCAUAAAGGGGCUGAGGCAGUUGCCCACUUUCUAACUCUGCCCUCACCCCCAAGGUGAGGCUGAGGCCCCCAGUGCCCCUGGAAAGGGGUGUGUGUUUGGGUGUGUCCGCCCAUUGCAAGGAGUCUCGCACUAACAUUUUUCUUCUGGUCUGUCCUUUGCACUAAUCUCUCUGGUGGGGUCACGCUGGGUGGUUCUGAGAUGCUGGCCUAGAAGCCCAGUUGGCGCUACGUCCUCCUCCCCUCACUGGGGGGGGGUUUGACCUUGAGGCCCCCGGCAGUGAGGUCUCUGCCGGGGCGUGGGAUGGGGGCAGAGGGCACUCCUGAGCAGAAGAGCCCAGGGCAGCAGAACCAGACUUGCUUCCGAGCAGCUGGAGGUUUGGCCAUGGCUCCCUUUGACCCCGGGUCCCCUGGAGUUUUCUUUCCUGGGGUGCGUCUUUGCUUUCCUCUGCCACGCAGAGAAGGGCCUUGGGAUGGAGCACCCCCUAUUCUGGCCACGUUCCAGGGGGAGGCGGGUGCUCAGCCCCUUCCAUAUUCCUCCUGCACCUGGCCUUCCUCUCCUGACCAGGCCUGCCCCUCUGGGCCUGCCCUGGGCUGGGCAGUUCUCACCCAUGUGGGUUCCCGCCUCCGAGCGAGAGAGGGGCUGUGAGGCUGGCUCUGGUGCCCUCAGUGCCACCCUGCGUCUUUGCCCUCAGGACCUGAUGCUGAAGCUGUGCCUCAUCCGGAGCAUCUGCCUCAUCUGCCAGGCCAUCUGCAACAGCACCCAGUCGGGCGACUUCACCUUCUCCCGCAAGGCGGAGCUGGUUUCACAGAUGAUGGUGAGGAGAGGAUGUUGCCAUGGAUGGGAAGCCGUUUUGGCCUGUGUCCUCCUCACCUGCUCCUCCCGUUUGGCUCUCAGUUUAGCCUUGUCUCCCAACCCUGAGCAUGCCCAUGGCAGGAGAGGGAUUCGCCCCGGGGAUGGUCCGUAGGGCCAGCACUUGCAGAAUGGGACAUGCUGCAGAGGGCUCUGAGCCUGUGCAGAGUGCCUUCCCCUCCCUGUCUGGGACCCAGUUUCUCUGGGCCGCCUGCUCCAUCUGCAGAGGGGUCCUAGAUGCAACGGGAUGUACUCUUGCUGGGUUGUGAACCUUGGCCACCCCUCUUCCUCCGACGGCUGCCUUGCCUGCCCUUCUAAUCUGCCUCCGCAUCUCCCACAAGGCUUGCAGCGUGGGGAGGGGGCGUCAUCCCGGGAGGGGCAAGGGGCUGUGGCGGCCGGCCUCCCUCCUCACGCUUUCUCUUCCACAGGAUUUUAUCAAGGCGGAGCCUCCGGACUCCCUGCGAACUCCCAUCCGCCAGAAGGCGAUGACGGCCUGCAUGUUCCUGGUGUAUCCUUUCCCCCCCCCCGCCUGUAUCUGAGGCACAACUGGAAACACCAGCUGGGAAUGCCACAGGGUGCCCAGCUGAGGUUUUUUUGGGGGGGAUUCAGACUUAGGGGUUUGCUGAGAGGUUGCCAGGAAGCCAAGAGCUGUCUGGCGUCCAGCUGGUCUCUUUGGCCACUGAUGCUCCUCCAAACCUGUCUAGCGCCACUUCCAUUAAAUGAACUAAGCCCACCAGAUCUGAGAGCCACACCUGAAUGAUGCUUUGGGUGGAGCUCUUCCCUUUCCUGCCCCUAGGGGUGCCCCUGCUCAGGAGUUUUUCCCAGGCCCCCUUAACUUGCCCUGCAGGGUCCUGGAGCCGCCUCUGAGCGAGGCUGAGAAGGCUGAGCUGGUGGAGACCUGUCUGGGCAGCGUCCUUCCCCUGCCCCUGCCGGACGCCCCCAGGGAGAAGGACGGGGGGCUGGAGGCUGAGCACAAAGAGGUACGGCCGGACGGAGCUCCCUCUGCCUCCCCCCCUUCCCUGCCUGCCUGAGCAGCCCCUUCCAUCCACAGCUGGCCGCUUUGUUGGGCAUGCAGGGACGGGCUCUGGCAAGCACCCGGUUGCCCUUGUCCAGGUGGCACUGGAGGAACUCCUUGCCACAGGUCGACAUGGUUCCUCCUCUGGCGUUUGUCAACCGGCCCCCCUCCCGUGGGGAGUUCCAGGUGGCUUUGAGUGGGGGAGCUGCAUCCCUGGGUCCCCUCCGCUUGGGCCUGUGCAGACGGGCCUUUGGCGCCCGGGAUGGGCAGAGGCAGAGACCCUCCCAGGCGUGUCUCUGGGCUCCACAGGACGUGGGACUGGGCUUCUGGGGUGGGGUGGGGGGUGAGAGAAGCUGUGUGGAGCUUUCGCACCCAGGUGGGAGGCAUCACCUUCCCUUCCUUUUCCACACUCAGCCUCUGUGGUGCGACACCCUUUGUGCCCUCAAGGACCUGUUGAAGAGCAUCCUGCACAGACACAUGACGCCCCACGGCCUGCAGACCAUGUUUGAGGUAGGGGGAGCAAGGAGAGAGGCCCAGGGGGCUCCCACAGCCCUCCUAUGGUGGGUGGGCCUUGCGCAUUGAGCAGCCGCCCUGGCCCACCGGUGGCCGUCCCUGGAGAGAGCUGGAGGCAUCCUGUCUGCCCCCUUCUCCCCCACCCUCUUGCUCCAAGGCACCAGCUCCCUCCUUCUCUUCCCUCCUUCUGGGCAAAGGGCUGAGAGAUCUUUCCUCCCAGGGCCACCCUUUGCCCGGCCUCUGCUGCUGCCUUUGCUGCUGCCUUCCGGGGGCUCCUGCAAGGGGACCCUCUGCGGGAUCUCUCAGGCCGAGCUGCCAUUUCCGCCCUCUCCCUCCUCAGCACCUGAGCCCCUGGAUCAAGUCCGCCAAGGAGCACGAGAGGGAGCGAGGCGUGGAAGUGAGCGCGGCCGUCUUGGAGUUCUAUCGGGAGAAGCUGAACGUCAACGUGAGUUCCCCUCCCUUCCGCAGCCACAGGGCUGCCUUUGCUUUGCUUUGCCUGAUAUUUGGGCUGCUCAGGACCACAGGGGUGUCUGGAGCAUUCUUGUUUGUGGUCCCUCACGUUGGCACCAGACACAGAGCCACUGGGGAGCGGGGCCUGGUGCCCACCUGGUGCUGCCAACAGCCCUCCCAAUAUGGCACACUGGCUGUGUCUCCCCGGCUCCCCCCCUGGCUGCGUGGUGCCUGGUGGAGAGUGCGAAACCUGGCACCUGACUGGACUAUGCAUGGGGGAACUGCCGUUCACAGUGCUCAGUUUAUUCAGUCAUUAUAAUAAUUGUAACUCACCCAUCGGACUGGGUUUCCCCAACCACUCUAGGCGGCUUCCAACAGAAUAUAAAAAGGAAGACCUCGUAUAUUAAAAGCUUCCCUGCCCAGGGCUGCCUUCAGAGGUCUUCUGAAUGCCAUAGAGCUGUUUAUCUCCUUGCGAGAAAAAUUCUCAGGGAUGACUCACACCCCAGCCAGCACCUCUUUAAACUUCUGCCCUCGUGCAGGAGAUAUAAAAGUAUAAUCAGCUGUACCAACAGGCUAAAAAACAGCUUCUAUCCGUGGGCUGUUAGGCUGCUGAAUGGAAAAUAACAUAGCGAAAUUGAUUUACGAGGUGGUGUAUUGUUCAAGAAGAGAUUGUUUGGCGGGGGGAGGGAGACUCGUUUAAUUUCAUUGGGUUUUUUGUGUGUGUCCCCCCCCCCAAUAAAAAAAAUUAUUCAUUUUAUAACACAAAUAAAAAGCACAAGCAGAAAAGACAAACAAUACGGACAAGUUCUUGUCAUAGCCUUAUUUUUCUAAACAUUGUUAAGUGGGCUUCCGCAAGUCCCACCUAUCUGAUUUUCAUUUUACUCAUUUAAUUUCAUUGUACACAGGUUGUACAAUGACAAUAAAGCUUUAUUAUUAUUAUUUAUUUUUAUUUAUUAUUAUUAUCAUCAUCAUCCAUCAUCAUCAUCAUUUGACGGGAGGGCGUUCUGCAGGGCAGGCCCCUUCUGUGCCAAAAGAGCUCCCGAUGCGAGCCAAGCUCUUGCAAGAGUGGUGGGCCACCUGCCGCCUUGCACAGAGUUUGGGGCUCUCUCUGGGGGGCUCCUGGGGGGCUCCUGUGAGCCCUUGGCCCUGCUGGCUUGCGUGAGUUUGACCGACAGCGGCUCAGGUUGUUGUGGCCCAGUGCUGCCCCCUUGCGGGGACUGUCACUGGGGCAUGACACGGCAGCCCCCUUGCCGCGAGCUCUCAAUGGGCCUCCUGGUGCCUUGUCUUCCCUGUGCCCAGACGGUGGUCCCUUUCUACAACGUGGGGCUGCUGAUCGCGCUCUUCGCCCCCCGCUGCACCGACUCCCUGGCCGGCACCCGCCAGCACGCGGUCAACUGCGUCCACAGCCUUUUGUACAUCCAGCUGUACUAUGAGGGUAAGAGCCAGGGCCAGCGCUUGUUUCUUGGGGGGGGGCGGGUGGCAAAAGCGCGAACCUUCCUGGUGGGAUCUCUCUGUCCCUCCCUCUCCUCCUGUGUAGGGCCAGCCUGGCCUCUGCAAUACUUGGCUCUGCCAAGGCUGAGUCCCAGGUGUAGGAAGCCUUGUGCAUCUUGGCACCAGGAUCCCCCUUCCAUACCCCAAUCUCAGGGGCCCCUGCAGAUCCCAUCUCCCCAGGAGGGUCCCUUGCAUACGAUGCACAAACAGGGCCCCCCCUGCCUCCUGUGACAUCCCAUGCAGGGGCCUUUCUGGGGCCCAAUGAGGACUUUGCUUUGUCAACCAGCCUUUUAAGUGAUUUGCUCGUCUCUGGACUUGACAUUGCAUUCAUGUGUUUCUAUUGUCAAACUAUACGGAAAGCACUUCAUUAAAAUCCCAAAUUCAACGAAAGAGUUCUUUAACCAGAGCUUGCUCCCACCUCCUGGCUCCCAUCGGCCUUGUUUUUCCUGGUGGGGGAAAGCAAAAUGAGUGGGAACUGGAGAACUUGAUCUUGCCCUUUCCCUUGAACUCGCUGACACUCAGUCCAGUACCCCCCCGCAAAAAGAUGAAGAUCAGCGGUUGUUUGGGAUGCUGGUUCCUUCUCUGGACAGCAGAGGGGGUUAUAUCGCUUGCGCAGGCAGGAGCUGCUGGGAUUGCCAAGGGGGCUUGCCGGGGAGGGGGGUGAUGGUCCUGGAAGGGCAGCUGGGUGGCCCAGAUGGGCAAAGCCCCCCCCCGAUGCCCCCAAAGACCUGGCUGCCCUUCUCCGUCUGCGCAGGGUUUGCUCGAGAUCACAAGGACGAGUCUCUGGAGAAGCUGAAAGCCCUGAAGACCGGCCUGAGAGACCCUGACGUCAACACCCUCUUCCAGGCCUGCUGCAACAUAGCCCAGGUGGGACCAUGAGAUACUCAGCCUGGGCGGGGGGGGGGCGCUUGUUGCCCGAGGGGGUCGGGGGCUUCCCUUUGGUCUCUUGGGGCAGCUGGGCCGGUUCCUUGCCUGAUGAGUUCCUGUCCUCCUCCUUUUAAUGUAUUUUAAAUAUUUCUUAGAAGCUGCCCAGAGUGGCUGGGGAAGCCCAGCCGGAUGGGCAGGGUACAAAUAAUAAAUUAUUAUUAUUAUUGCUUGGCCCAACAGGUAAUAGCCAAGCGCCUCCCCCCCGACCAGCUGCUCAGCCUCCUCCUCUCCAUGCUGGAGGGCUUGGCGGAUCCGGACAAGAACUGUUCCCGCGCAGCCACCGUGGUGGUCAACUCCCUCCUGAAGGAGCGCGGGGCUGUCCUGCUGGAGAAGGUGAGGCGGAGGUGGGGGGGCUCCCCUCCCUCCCUCCCACCUUGGGCUUUUGAAUGCCCAUGGGUGCUAGGAGGAAGGCUGGGGGGGGGGCUCUCCCUGGAUUGGGAUCCUGGGUCUUUGGGGCAGAGGCUCAGCGGACUUCUCUGUGCUGCCCCUUCGUAAUGAAAAAAUUGUAGAAUGGGAAGAGACCCCCCCACCCAGGGUUGUCUAGUCCAACCAUAGCUGUCAACCUUUCCCUUUUCUUGCAAGGAAUCCUAUUCGGAAUAAGGGAAUUCCCCGUAAAAAAAGGGAAACGUUGACAGCUCUAAGUCCAACCCCCACUAAAUCAUCCCUAACGGGUUUCCCCUGUCGCAGGUGUUUCAGUUGUGAUGUGAUUCCUGCAUUCUUGUAGAGGAGUUGGCAACAAGUGCCAGGUGGGGGGGGGGCGCCUCUGCAGCGGCAUUGAGGCAACGGGGACUCCAGAAGCCCUUACGUGCUCCCCCCUAGGGCAGUGGUUCUCCACCUGUGGGUCCCCAGAUGCUGUUGGAUUACAACUCCUAUCAUCCCUGAGUUCUGGCCUUGCUAUCUAGGGACGAUGGGAGUUGUAGUCCAACAACUCUGGGGACCCACAGGUGGAGAGAGGAUGGAGCUGAGGGGUCCCUCCUUCCUCCUGCUCUGCCUGAGGGGUGCCUGUCACAGCAGCCUCUGACCCCCCUGUCCCCCCGCAGGUGCCGGAGAUCCUGGCGAUGGUGCACUCCAAGCUGCAGGAGGUGGAGGAGGAGGCUGUCCGGAAGGCGGCCCAGCAGACGGUCCACAUCCUGGCCGCGCAGCACAAGGCCGCCGUGGUCUCCAGCCUCCUGGGCAACCCUCUGCCCCUGGACAGGUAGGCGGCUCCGCACCUGCCUCUGCUGGAGCCCUUGGGCCAAAGCCUUUGCCGCUGCAGCUGCUCCUGGUGGCCUUUUCUCCCCGCCUCCCUUCUCUCCCCCCAGGGUAAGGAGGUGGCGCACAACCCUCAGGAAGGCUCCGGCUGAGGUCAGCCAGGCCAGGAGGAAGCCCUGAUGUGCCCAAGGGGUCUCUCUCUCUCUUGAUCCUUUACACUUCUGCUUCCUGCAGCCCAGAGGGUCUCUCCUGCCAGGGGUCCGGCUGUGGCUCUUGGGAGCCCCUCUUGAGUUCAGCCCCAGGGACUACGAGGCCAAGCGGGGAGGGAGCUCUGCUGGGUCAGGAGCUGGAGCCCGAAGACCCUGUGACUGUGCAUCCUGGGCUGGGAGAGCCCCUGUAUCUGGCCGAUGCCUGAAAGCAUGGGGCUCCCUGUCUCCCAGAGCAAGCUUGUCCCCCUGCAGCCAUAUAAUAAUAAUAAUAAUAAUAAUAAUAAUAUUUAUACUCUACCCAUCCAGCUGGGCUUCCCCAGCCACUCUGGGCGGCUUCCAACAAAAGAUUAAAAAUACAUUAAAACAUCAAUCAUUAAAAGCUUCCCUAAACAGGGCUGCCUUCAGAUGUCUUCUAAACAUCAGGUAGUUGUUUUUCUCUUUGACAUCUGCUGGGCGGGCGUUCCACAGGGCGGGUGCCACCACCGAGAAGGCCCUCUGCCUGGUUCCCUGUAGAUUCACUUCUCGCAGGGAGGGAACCGCCAGAAGGCCCUCAGUGCUGGACCUCAGUGUCUGGGCUGGACGAUGGGGGUGGAGACGCUCCUUGGCCUGGGGAGCCUCUGACGCUGGCCUCCUCCUCCUUCCCCUUCCCCAUUUCAGCUGCAGCUGCCUGAUGUGGCGGGCCCUGGCCUCGGAGCCCCCCCUCGCCACCCAGGUCUUGGAGCUGCUGCUGGAGAAAGUGAACCGGGACGUCCCCUACAAAGAGAACAAGUCCUUCUUGCGGGGCAGCUGCUCCGAGCGCGUGGCCACUUUCUUCCCCCUCGCGGUGAGUGUCCGGCCUGCUUGCUAAGAAGCCCUCCUCCUCCUCCUCCUCCUGCUGCCUCUUCCUUGCCCCCCCCGCCCCCCACACCUGGGCUGCUGCCGCGCCCCCUCCGCUGCCCUCAUUUCCUCCCCUCGGGUGUCUGUACCAGGCCUGGUCCCUGGAAAAGAGGCCUUGCCAUAUAAUGCCUAUUAGCGCUAAUCCGCUGGCUCAUAAAGGCCCUCUCAGGUGUUCGUCCUCCAGGGAGAUCGCUUUGCGUUUUAUCCCCCCAAGAAAAUAAACGCCGCCGCUUGGCAGCUCUGUGAGCAGGAAAGCAGCUGUGAAAAUUUCCUCCUCCUCCUCCGAACCAGACGCAGAUGCCAGCGGAUCCGUCAUGCUUGAAAGCCGACCCCGGCCCCUGCAACCCCCCCUGGCCCACCCCAGGGCCAUUGUCCAGGAGCAGCCCAGCCUCUCUGCUUUCAAGUGGCCACGGCAGCGAGAUGCGACACACAAACACACACAUUGGAGUGUGUCUGCUGUGGUUGCUUGACCCCGCGGAGUUCUGCUUCAGCCUUCAGACCUGCGACUUGCUCUUCAGCCCCACCUGCCUCCCAGCAGCCAACACUUGGGGGGCCCCCAGGAGCAGAGCAGGCCCAUCUCUCCACACUGGCCGGCAGCAAAGGCUCCCGGGGUUUCCUGGUGGGGCUCAAGCUGUGGAAAGGGGUUACCUCCUGCCCCCCAGAAAGCCCCAGGGACGCCUCCAUCCUCCCAGGGACGUUUGAGCCCUCUGCCUUGGGGGCAGCCUGCUUGAGCGCCCCAGGGUGCCUCUCCUGCCCGGCUCUUGGUGCCCCCUCCUGACCUCCCCUCUCCCCCCUCCAGGCCACCUGCGCUCUGCAUGAGAUCAUGUCUGUCCCAGAGUGUGGCCCGGCCAUCGUGGGCCUCUACGCUGAGCUCUUCGUCUCCCUCCUGCUCCGGGUCAGCUGCACGGUGGGCGUCCAUCUCCCCAAGAACAUGCAGUCCAAGGAGAGGAAGAGCGCCGGCCGCGGGCAGCCCCUCCGGCCGCUGGACCCCUGCAGGUACCGCUGGGCCAGCCCCCUCAGCUGCCUCCCUCUGCCUGCCAUGUGGAACUGAUUUUGCUGGGGGUUUGUUUUUUUCACCAACACGGCGGCAGUGGCAGCAGCAGCAGCGAGGUCUCCGCACAUAAUCUGAUGGUUGGGUAAUGCGCCACGGCCCAUAACGUAUUAGGUAUGAAGGCAGGCCUGACCUCGGCGGGGGAUUAGCUCCCCCCUCGCUUUCCACACACUCGCCUCCCCCUAAAUCAGGAAAUAUUAAAUCGCUCUUCCUGUUGCAGCCUGGCUUGUGGUUUUUGCCUUCGCAUUCUUUGCAUGGUGCGUGCAGAGGUGCCCUCGCGCUCUCUCUCUCUCUCUCUCGCGCACGGCUGCCGGGUUGGGUUACGUCUGCCUCUCCAGCAAGGCAGGGAGGAGCUGCUCAGUGCUGCACAGGCCAGGGAAGCGUUUUCCUGAAUAAAAAUUGAAUUUUGGGGGGUGGGGUGCACAUUCAGAGCAGCCUUGCUGUGAAUCGCUGGGAGCCUGGCUCUCCCCCCUGCGACACGCAGAGCAGCAGUGCUGUGGAUGCCUUGUCCCGGGGGGGGGGGGCAUUGGGCACCUCUGGCCAUCGCCUGCACUUCCUUCAUCCACUCCCUGCCCCUCCUCAGGGAGGUGGGGCUUGCUUUUUGGUUUCUGUGGGGCAGUGUCAGACGCAGCAGGUGUUUCCCCUGCGUGCAGAGUGUGGUGCUCCUGCGCCACUUGCAUCGGCUGGGGGACGACCCUGUGUCCCCUGGCUCCCCCUGGCACCUUGGCCUGGCAGAAGCGGCUGCACUGGGUGCUUCAAUGUGAUUGUGUUUCUUAAUGGUGUCAACGCCCGUCCAGGGGCCACAGUGGCAUUCGCCUGCCAAGGGUCCUUUGGCGUGGGAGGGAAGGGUCUGUUUGGCCAGGGGGUCCCUUGGCCCGUGUGCCUGUGGGUGCUCACUGCUUCUACGCCAUUUCAAGUUGGCUGCUCCACUUAGAAGCCCGCAGGGUCAGCCUCCCAGGGGUGGUGGAUGCCCCUCGCUGGCCUACCAGCAGGCAAGGCACAACUUUGGCUUCGCUGCCCCAACUCCUGGCUUCCUUUCCCUGCGCCAGAGAGGGGGAGCCUGCCGUCCUCCAGAGGUUAUUGGACUCCCAGCAGGGCCAGUGGAAAGGGAUGCUGGGAGUCCAGCAACAUCCCUGGGGGGCCACAGAAUCACCCCCCUUCCCAGUCGGAGUCGGCAAACUCCCUUGGUGUGUUCCACCAGAGCUGUGUGCGGACAGCAGUCAGAUUCCCAACUGGUUGGUGAGCCGGAUCCUGGCAAUGACUGGAGGUGCAGGGCAAGACGGGAGUCUCCAUGCCAGGUCCCCCCCCCCCACGUGGCCAGGCUGGGUCCAGAGAAGGGCACCUGUGUCUCCUCUCGGACGCUGGUGGAGAAGAGCAGGCUGCCCUCCUGGUCUGUGUGCGAAUGCUGGUUUCCUGUUUUGGGGGACCCCAAAUCAUCAUAUCCUCCCCUCGUAUUUUGGGCUUAGUGUGACAGGACAAUGGAGGUUUUCCAGAUGUCACGCUCCGCUCACGGCGCAAUAAUCCCACCCCCAUAAAACACUAAUGCAGGCAAAACCUCCUCUGAGCAGCCGCGCCAGCCGCCCGGGGCUUCUUAGCGUUGCGGCCGACAGCCUUGAGCACCUCCAAGAGGCGCCUGGGGUGGCAGGAGCCACGGAUCCGGCCCCUCUCCCCCACCCUCCCCUCUCUCAGAGGCAGAAUCGAGUGGACCUUUUCUCUCUCUCCCCCCCCCUCCCAAGCUCUGCCGUGGAGACCCUCAAGGCCAUGCUGACGCAGGGGGGCAGCGAAGAGGUGGCCAGGGCAGUGUCGGCCUCGGGCGGCUGGGAGUCCCUGAGAAGCGUGGAGAGGCACCAUGAUGGCGUUGCCGUCCUGGCCAGGUGAGUGGCUGGGUGGCAGGCAGAGGUGGCUCUGCCCGCUUGAGCCCAUCUCCUGGGGCUGCCCUGGGCAGGGGGACGUGGCUCAGCUGGAAGAGCCUGGGACCAGUUCCUUGCCUCUCGCCAAGGUAUAGGUCAAGGGACCCCUGACCAUUAGGUCCAGUCGUGGCCGACUCUGGGGUUGCAGCACUCACCUCGCUUUACUGGCCGAAGGAGCCGGGUGCAGCUUCCGGGUCAUGUGGCCAGCAGGACUAAGCCGCUUCUGGCGAACCAGAGCAGCGCACGGAAACGGCGUUUACCUUCCCGCUGGAGCAGUACCUAUUUAUCUACUUGCACUUUGACGUGCUUUCGAACUGCUAGAUUGGCAGGAACAGGGACCGAGCAACGGGAGCUCACCCCGUCAUGUGGAUUCGAACCGCUGACCUUCUGAUCGGCAAGCCCUAGGCUCUAUGGUUUGACCCACAGCGCCACCCGUGUCCCGGACUCUCGCCAAGGCAGGCACAAUUAGGCCAGGAGCGGAAGGGGCUCUUGUGUUGAGAUGCUUGCUGCAAUCCCAAGAAACCUGUUUGCCAAUCCCAGAGACAUACAUCCUGUCCUGUUGCCCUGGGGGCGGGCAGCAUUCAGUCAGUUCUGGUUAUCUCUCUUUGCACCCCAGGCUCUUGGCUACUGAGCCUCCCAAUUUGGCCCUGGGACUGAGCGGGGCUGAAUCACCUGGCAGGGCUGUGGAGUCAUUGGGAGGGGGAAGCAGUGGUGGACAUGGGAGCCCCUUCCUCUCCCGCUUCCCAAGGAGCAGAGCUGGCAUGGGGGGGGCUGCCCCCUACGUGGCGAGAGGCCUUCUCAAUUGGGGUGGGUGCCCUCUCCUUCUGCAGCGCCAUGGCGAAGCACGCUGGGCCCAAGCUGCCCCUGAUUGUGAAGACCCUCUCCCCCAUGCUGAACAGCAUUUACGACAGCCAGCGCUUGACCACCACGGCCUUCUUUGCGGAGGUGGGUCCACGAAGGGGCCGGGGGAUGGGCGUCCUGCUGUUGGCCUUAGCCAGGGGGGGCAAGGCAGUAAUGAGAGGGGAAACUGCAAAGGGGGAGACUGCCAAGUGCUUCUAGUCUGGCAGUGUCUGUGUGUGUUGUGGCCAUGGACCCCUCCCUGGAGACUCUCCGAAUAUUUGUCCUCUCCUCCCACCCCUGACUAGUAGACUGGUAGGAAGGUGGCCAAGGGGGGCCCCUCCCUAGCCAAGACUGCUGUUUAAGCGGAACCGGGGAAGCUGCCUUUCCCUGUCUUGCUCCCUAUUGCCUGCACUGACUGGCAGCAGCAGGAACGGCCGCCAGUGGGGACUGAACCUGGGACCCACUGCAUGCAAGGCAGGGGGCUCUACCUCUUAGCUCCCUUUUUCCCGCCAGAGGGAAGCUGCCCCUCAGCCCCAGCAGCCAGCAACGCAUCGCUUCACUGCUCCUGCCAUGCCACUCUGAGGAAUGGAGUCCAGCUGCUGUGUUAGGCCCCCCUCCCUCCCUGCUGCUGCUGCUGUAACCCCUAUACCUCCUUGCCCGACUCCCCACCUCCAGCUGGGGCUUUCCAAGUGGCCUUGUCGCUGCCCGGCUUGAUCCUGGCUCAUAAACCACCUCUUUGCGUCUCCGCUGAUGGAGUGGCCUGGGAUUGAGCGGUGGGGAGUCCUGUGGCUGGAUGUGGGCCCAGAGCCGAAGGGCUGGCUGCCUGCCUGGGCCUGCCGUCCGGCUGAAGCUUUAAAAUAGCAGCUCUGAGGAGCAGGCGCCUGCGCCCCCCCCAGCCCCCUCAGGAAGGUGAUGAGGUGUGAGCUGCCCUCCACUCUCCCCCGAUGUGCCAGGGACAGAGGGAGGCGUCUGGCCAGGAAAGGCUCCGAGGCAAGAGAGCAGGGCUGGGGGGGCCUUGGUCCUUCUCCCUUCUGGCCUGACCCUGAGCCCUGGGGAGCCUCCUCUGGAAGGUGGGGGGGUCCCGGGGCGCCUCAAGGGGAGCUGCAGACUCAGACUCUGGGGAGGGUGGCCGGUGUGUCUCUGGCUGUGUCUCUGUUCACUGCUUGUGCCUUUCAGCUCCUCAGCAGCAACGUGGUGAACGACCUGGUCCUGCUGGCGUCCGUGAUGGACAGCAUGACGGCCCGGCAGAGGGACCCCUGCACCUCCGUGCGGAUGCUGGCCCUGCGCGGCUUGGGCAACAUGGCUUCGGGCUCGCCGGAGAAGGUGAGGGCGGAUGCCAGUGGAUGCCCGCUCCCAGGAGGGCCCCCUCUGCUUCCCCUGCUCAGGGGGGCACCUUCCCUUUCCCCCUCCCCAAUAUCUGCCAGGACGAGGCUGCUCUCGCUUGGGCAGAGCAGGCACAGGAGGGGUGCCAGGGUGGGCUUUGGCCCUGGCCCCCUCUGGAUCAGUGCUGCCACCCUGGUCUGAGGGGCAGCAACUGCAGCAGAGGCGCUGGGGCGCACCCACCCCUGGCACUGCCACUGACGGUGCCUGGUGUGUGCCCCCCCCGGCAGGUGAGGCGUCACGGGGCUCAGCUCCUGGCUUCCAUGAUGAACGGCAUGGACGACAAGGACGACCCCCACAGCCUGGUGGCCCUGGAAGCCAUGGGGGGCCUCGCCAAGAUCCUGGGCUUUCUGGAGGAGAGGGACGUCCGCUCCAUGCUGCUCCACAUCGCCAUCCGCAUCCGGCCCUUCUUCGAUAGCGUAAGCGCUUCCAGGAGGGGAAGCUGGCCUGGAUGAUGCCCUGGCCAAGGGGCUGCUGGGGCAGAAGGGGGGGGAGGAACAGCAUGCCAGAGCUCUUCCUAAGGCAGGUUUGGGUCCUUCCCUGCUGGUAGGGAUCCUGGUCUGUGGCUGGGGGGAGGAGCUUGUGUUUAAUAAUAAAAAUAAUAUUAAUAAUAAAAAUACAUUUUAUUUAUACCCCGCCCUCCCCUGCCAGAGCCAGGCUCAGGGCAGGUAACUACAGUAAAAACAUAAUAGGGAAAAGAAAAGGAAAAAAAAGAAAAAAUAAACAAUUUAAAAUACAGGUUAAAAUGCAGCCUCAUCAAAACCAUCAGGGGAGGGAAACAUAAGGGUCAGACUGAGUCCAAACCAAAGGCCAGGUGGAACAGCUCUGUCUUGCAGGCCCUGCGGAAAGAUGUCAAGUCCCGCAGGGCCCUAGUCUCUUGGGACACCACCCUGAGGAGGCUGGAUGGCAGAGGACAGGCAGGGCCCUCCCUGGGACGCUUUUGCCACAGCCCAACAGCUGGCGCUGCUUCGCUUGCAGGAGAAGCAUGAGCUCCGCCGGUCGUCCAUCCUCCUCUUUGGCCACCUGACCAGGUUCAGUGCUGGCAGCUGCGAAGAGGCUUUCUUUGAGCAGAUCCUGAAUGGGCUGGUCACUCUGCUGCUUCACCUGCAGGACCCAAAGCCGGAGGUCGUCAAGGUGCGUGUCUCUUCGGUUGGAGGGGCUGUGGCUGGCACGGGGGGUGGGGGGCAGGACUUGCUCUUGGGGCAGCUGACUGGCCGCCCCCAUGUUCUCCUUGCAGGCUUGCAAGUUUGCCCUGCGCCAGUGUGGCCCCAGCAUGGGCUGCCCCGUCCUUUGCGACAUGUUCCAAAACCACCUUCAUGAGGACCGGAGCCUCCACUAUGGCGAGUUCAUGAAUGACGUCUGCAAACACCUGGUGAGUAUGAAGUGGGGGGGGGUAGCGGAGACCCUGCCUGAGCAGAGCGCGUGGCCCCCAGCCCUCCCUCCGAAGUGGCACAGCAAGGAGCCCCCCUCUCGGCCUCAGAAAUGUUUUUACUUUCCUUCUUUGUCCAGAGACCCCCUUUCCCUCCCCGGGCAACUGGCAGCCACCUUUUUAAAUUUUACCCAGUCUGUCUCUGGACCACUGCAAUGCUUUUACAGUGGUACCUUGGGUAACAGACGCUUCAGGUUACAGACUCCGCUAACCCAGAAAUAGUGCUUCAGGUUAAGAACUUUGCUUCAGGAUGAGAACAGAAAUUGUGCUCCGGCGGCGCGGCGUCAGCGGGAGGCCCCGUUAGCUAAAGUGGUGCUUCAGGUUAAGAACGGUUUCAGGUUAAGAACGGACCUCCGGAACGAAUUAAGUACUUAACCUGAGGUACCACUGUAUUAUCAUCUACCCCCGUGUUUUUUGGUUUUAAUGUUUGGAAAGUCACUGGGAUAUUUUUCUAGUGAGUGCCUAGCAGCAAUAAUAAUAAUAAUAAUAAUAAUAAUAAUAAUAUAUUAUUUAUACCCCACCCCACCCAUUGGGCUGCGUUUCCCCAGCCACUCUGGGCGACUUCCAAUCAAAUGUUAAAAACAAUACAGCAUCAAGUAUUAAAAACUUCCCUCAACAGGGCUGCCUUCAGAUGUCUUUUAAAGAUAAGAUAGCUGCUUAUUUCCUUCACAUCUGAAGGGAGGGCCUUCCACAGGGCGGGCGCCACCACCGAGAAGGCCCUCUAUCUGGUUCCCGGUAACCUCACUUCUCGCAAUGAGGGAACCAGAAGGCCCUCGGUGCUGGACCUCUGUGUCCGGGCUGAACAAUGGGGGUGGAGAUGCUCUUUCAGGUAUACAGGAAGUCUAAUAAAUGAUAUUUUAAACAAGCAGUGAAAAGGCAAGAUAAACUACCUUGGUUUAUGCCAGGCCAGAUCCCCAAUGAAGCAGGUAGCCUCACGCAGCCCGAGGGUUGUGACAACCGAGAUGGCAAAGAGCAGCCUUGGUGCCCUGGCAGAGAAGGCUCCGUUGCUCGUGCCCGUCUUCCAAAUCAGACGCUGAGCAGAGCCUCGGACUCGGACUUGCCCUGAGAGCUCAGCCGGGCCCACGGGGGUGGAAGCCGUUCUUCAGAGGUCCUGUUUAGGGCUCUAAAGGACUCCAAAGUGGGCUGGGGAACAAAUGGGGCGGCCAAUGGAAGGAGAACAUCCCUUAGCCUUGGUGAUGUUGGGAGGGGGAUGGUGGAGAAGAGAGAUGUCUCUGCUGCUCCCUUCCUCCAGCUCUGGUGGGGCCGGGGCGGGGGCAGGUGGACGGACUCUCCUGGGGGGGGGGUCUCCCCUCCAGUGCCGACUGCUCACCUCCGCUGGGUCUCCCUUCCUCUUGGCAGAUGCAGUCUUACCCCGACACGCUGAGUCGUCUGGUGGCCACAAACCUCUUCUACUUCAAGAGCAACUGGCCGGACAUCCGGGCGGCUGCCCCCAUGUUCGUAGGUGAGGCGGGCAAGGGGCACCCUGGGCAGAGCAGUUCCUGGCCACCCCUUUGUCCCCAAGCUGGGUGGGCAUCAGGGGAUUUGCCCCUUGCAUUGCCCUGAGCGUCACCCUUUGGCCCUUCCCUUCCAGGCUUCCUUGUUCUCCACGUGGACAGAGAACACAGCCAACAGCUGGACCUGGAUGAGCUCAUUGCCGGUGAGUCUCAGGGCUGGCGCAGGACGCUUUGCCGCCCGAGGUCUCCCCCUCCACCCAGGUGGUUCCUGGUGCCCAAGGCCAGCUCCUGUCCCUUUGGCAGCUGAGGCUGGUCCUUCCUGCUGUGGUGCCCUUCCGGGGUGCUCAAAAUUUGGUGCCCCCUGGCAGGGGUGAGGGCGGCAGCUCCGGGGGGGGGGGCUUUUGCUAGGCUUGCCUUGCCCUGGCAGCUGGGCACUGGGGUUCUGGGGCAGAGGCAGCCUGCAGAGGGGCAGGUGGCAGAGGCUGGCAGGGAAGUGUCUCCACCUGAGGUUCAGUGGAGGCAGAGUCGGCCUUGACACCCAUCUCGGAAGGAGGUCUGCCAUCUGCCAAUGCAGGUCACGGACCAAGCAUGUGGCCCAAAUGUUCUCCUUCUCUUCCUUGGGGACCAUUGCCCCCUUUAUUGGUCUUCCUAUACAAGGAGGUUGUUAAUGAGGGUUGUGUCUAUGGGGAGGUGGGAGCUGAAGAGAGCUGGAAUCCUUCCUGCAAAGUGCAGGCAGCCCACGGCCAGGGACCACCCGGGCACUGCAGGCGAGGGCUGCCUGUCCUUUGGGUGGGACCUGGGGAGAUGGGGGUCACCUGCACCUCUGGCUGCCCUCAGGCGUGCUGGGGCUGGAGGCCCAGCGAUGUGAAGUGGGGCGAUCAGACAUGCCCAGCGCAUGUCCCUCCCUGAGCAGGGACCUGCCAUUCAAAGCGCAGCGGAGGAAGCCAGUUUGAGUAACGAACUUUCCUGGAUUUCGGGGCUGUUUUUCCUUGUCAGCAGUGACCUCAUCGCUUCGAGUAAGACUCGGAAAAUCUCUGAGCUUUCCAGCAGAGCUUAAAAACCACUAAAAAAGGGAAAACUAUCUUUCCGUUGGCUGUUGGAGUGGUCCUGAAGAGAGGCCCGUCUGUUUGCCGGAGUGGGGGAUGCAAUUGGGGAGCGGGGAGGCCAGGCUCCGGAUGGGGUCACCGCAGCUUCCCGUAUUGAGCGGGAGGCGCUCUGCCUGCCAGCGCCCCCCGGGGGGGGAGCUCCUGCAGCUGGCCAGUGCUGAGCCACGGGAAGCGGCUCUGCACAUAAAUCAGGCCGCCUCGUUCGCUCUGCAGGGACGCCAGAGUCUCGGAUUUGCAGUGUAAACAUGCUACUGGAAAAAUAUUAUUGUAUCUCUGCUGCUCGAGAGGAACUCUUGGCGUGUGCUCCCCUUCGCAGUUGGGUCUGUGCCAGCGGGCGGAGCGGCCCAGCGCCCCUCAGAGGCUCUGGCGGGGUUUGCCAGGCUGUGUGCUGUCUGGCCCUCCAGGUCGCAGAGUGGGGCUCUGGCUCCCAAGCAGGAUAGGGCCCAGUAGGGGGGCCCACGGGAGGCCGAGGAUAAUAAGGCCACUUGGGCCCAAGCUUGCGUCUUGCGCAGCGAAGGGAGUUGUUGGGCUUCUUGCUGACGGGCUCUGCUUCCCCCCCAGCUCUGACUGUGCUGCUGAAGGACCCCGUGACGGCCGUGCGGGUGAAGGUGGCCGAGACCCUGGGCCGCCUCGUCAGGAUUGCCUGA